GGACAAGAAGCUACAGUUAGAACUGGAUAUGGAACAACUGAUUGGUUUAAAAUUGGGAAAGGAGUACGGCAAGGCUGUAUAUUGUCUCCCUGCUUAUUUAACUUAUAUGCAGAAUUCAUCAUGUGAAAGGCUGGGCUGGAUGAAUCCCAAGCCGGAAUUAAGAUUGCUGGAAGAAAUAUCAAUAACCUCAGAUAUGCAGAUGACACAACCUUGAUGGCAGAAAGUGAGGAGGAAUUAAAGAACCUUUUAAUGAGGGUGAAAGAGGAGAGCGCAAAAUAUGGUCUGAAGCUCAACAUCCAAAAAACUAAGAUCAUGGCCACUGGGCCCAUCACCUCCUGGCAAAUAGAAGGGGAAGAAAUGGAGGCAGUGAGAGAUUUUACUUUCUUGGGCUCCAUGAUCACUGCAGAUGGUGACAGCAGUCACGAAAUUAAAAGACACCUGCUCCUUGGGAGAAAGGCGAUGGCAAACCUAGACAGCAUAUUAAAAAGCAGAGAUAUCACCUUGCCAACAAAGGUCCGUAUAGUGAAAGCCAUGGUUUUCCCAGUAGUGAUGUAUGGAAGUGAGAGCUGGACCAUAAAGAAGGCUGAUCGCCGAAGAAUUGAUGCUUUUGAAUUAUGGUGCUGGAGGAGACUCUUGAGAGUCCCAUGGACUGCAAGAAGAUCAAAUGCAUCCAUUCUGAAGGAAAUUAGCCCUGAGUGCUCACUGGAAGGACAGAUCGUGACGCUGAGGCUCCAAUACUUUGGCCACCUCAUGAGAAGAGAAGACUCCCUGGAAAAGACCCUGAUGUUGGGAAAGAUGGAGGGCACAAGGAGAAGGGGACGACAGAGGACGAGAUGGUUGGACAGUGUUCUCGAAGCUACAAACAUGAGUCUGACCAAACUGCGGGAGGCAGUGGAAGACAGGAGUGCCUGGCGUGCUCUGGUCCAUGGGGUCACGAAGAGUCGGACACGACUAAACGACUAAACAACAACAACAUAUGAUUCUCAGAUAACGUUCUCCUAUGGGGCAGCAUACAAAUGUUAAAUGAUUUUAGAAUUGUAGUUAUGUAUUCAUUUAAUAACAUUUGUUUACCUUUUGCUUGUAUUUAAAAAACCCAACAACCACCCUCCAAGUUACAAGUAGAGUGAAACAAUAAAAUCAUCAGCUGGAACAGUUAGUUAAAAACAGCUAUUUAAAACAUUAGUGAUAAGCCAAACACAGAUUAAAGCACAUGUAAACUUUCUACAUAUCUGGGUAGGCAUGUCUAAACAAAAAUGUUUUUAGCAGGCACAGAAAAGAGUGCAGUGAAGGAAACUGCCUGGUGUCAAUAGGCAGGGAGUUCCAAAGUGUGUGUCGCCAUACUAAAAGAUUGACUUCUUAUAAAUGUGGAUUGAGUAUUAUAUACCACCUGUAAGAGUGCAAAUUCCACCGACUGAAGUGGUUGGAAGAGCACAUGUAAGGAAGGUGAUCUUGCAGGUAAACUGGUCCUAAGUUGUUAAGGGUUUCAUAUGCUAAUCAUAGCACCUUUAACUUGGUCCAGUAGCAAAUAAGCAAUCAGGUCUAAGCACAGGUGUUAUAUAAGGUCACACACCAAUCUGCAAUCAUGCUGCACCAACUGCAGCUUCUGGAUCAAGCACAAGAGAAGCUCCACCUGGAGUGCCCUGCAGGAAUGCAGUCUUGAAUUAACCAAUGCAUUAUCUAUCGUGGCCAGUCUUUCCCAGUCCAGGAAUAGCCAUCGCUGUCAUAUAAAUUAAAGCUGCUAAAUGCACUGCUAGCCACUGAGGCUAUCUGGGCCUCCAGUGAUGAAAGGUGGACCCAGAAUUGCACCCAACUGCAAACUUUCUCCUUCAAGGUGAGUGCAGCCCAACUCAGGGUGGACAACAGACCAAGUUCUCAGGCAAUUUUUUAUCCGCAGCCUCUGAUUCAGCAUACUGAUGGCACCUUGCCCCAGCAUUCCUAAUGACUGCCUCCAACAGCUUCAUGUAGAUAGUAAAUAGCGCUAGAGAUAAGAUAGUGCCUCGUGGCAGUGAGGCCAAAAGCACUCUCCUAAUACAGCUCUCUGAAUUCGGUCCCAGAGGUAGAACUGGAACUACUGGAACACAAUUCCUAUUGCCCAGAGCAGGUCCAGAAAAAGGCGAAAAAGUCAGUGGGAACAAAAGCAGGAGAGAUCAAGAAGCAGGAGGAAGGCCAUGCUCCACUUGUCCUGCUCUCUGCAAAGGUCAUCCAUCAAGGUGACCAAGACCAACUCAGCCCCAUGGCCAGGAUUGCACCCUGAUUGGUAUGGAUCUAUAUAAUCUGUGGUAUGAAAGUAUCCAAAGUGCUAAGUUAAUGUUCACAAGGGCUAUAGAACUCUGGGAUGUCAUACAACUGAGGCAGUUAUUUCAGUUGGUACAGUUAUGGCAGUUAUUAACGGUUAGAGCAGCCAGUAUGUUCUGCUAUGCUAGGGUUGCCAUACGUUCAGAAUUUCCCGGACAUAGCCAGGAUUCGUCCGCCAAAAAUGGCAUCCGAGAGGAAUUUUCAAAAACUGACUAAAGACAUCUGGGAAAACCUGGGCAUAUGGCAGCCCAUUUUGGAAGUGUUGGGGGGGGGGAUAGUUUAAAAACUUAUUUUUUAAAAAGAUUAAAAGCUCAACAACUUUUGUAUCUGGAUUUUCACUUCUUAAAAUAUUGCAGCCCUAUGUUAUGCUGCUGUCCGCCUCAGAGUUAGUCCGUAUUUAUCUUAGAUACAAUUUAUGUAAGAUGUAUUACCAACAUAAGUAACACCUAUCUGCAUUGUAUAUAUUUUAAUCUGCAAGUGCAUGUACACUAAGCAAAAGUUAUGUUAUUUAAACUUUAAAAGAGAGUAUCUUGCAUAGUUCUUACAGGAGGGGAAAGGGAAAUAAUUCAAGGGUCAAACGACCCAGGCUCUCUUCCAUAUAGCUCUGAAAUUGGGAACUAAAGUUUAAUUCCAACAGGAUCUGUGUAAGAAUGCUUGCAGCUGCCCCACCACAUCGCCCUCCAGCAUCCUCCCCAAAAAGGGGGUAUGUGAUGUAUCUGGUGAUUAUCUGGUCACUGGUGCUUAUGCCAACCUUCCCUAUCCAGAUGUUUUGGGCUGCCACUGCCAUCAGCCCUAGCCAAAAAAUAUAAUAAUUCAUAUCUUCUGGCUUGGAUUUUGCAUUCCAGGACAGCUAUAUUUUAAUGCAUUGAACAAAGGAGAAUUCACUGUCCUUUUCUUCCCCAGUGGGACUAGCAGCUUCAGGCUCUUUACUUUUUGGCAGGAUUGUGGCACCUGAGGAAAGAUUAAACCCAACACAUCACAAUAUCACACUCCUGAUCAAGAGGAGGCAUGGUGGCUGGUGUGUGUGUGUGUGUGUGUGUGAGAGAGAGAGAGAGAGAGAGAGAGAGAAGUAUUAUACAUUCAUUGUUGAAAUAUGACUUAGUUUGGCAGUUGUGAGUCACAACACUUCAAAAACGAAGCACUGUAAAUCAAUGGGUCUUAUUGCAUAAGCCAGCUCCUUGAUUUAUAUCUGCUGUGUCAAGAGUGUUUGUGAAUGGUGCCACAGCACAGUGUCAUGGAAAGGAAUAGUACUUUCACCUACAUAGAAGGAUAAUGUCAGCCAUUUAUACCGGCAGAGUGCAGAAUGUGGGACAGGAGAAUUGCUUGGUGUUCAGGACAUUACCAGAAAUAAUGGCAUUGAUUCUGCAGUGGUUGAGUAACUAAAGCAGUUUAAUGUUCUUUGGAGGGGGGGGGGUCCAACUCUCCUUCUCUUCAAUGAGAUGAUUAACAUGAUUGUUUGAUCAGCCCUUCUGCUUUAUAAGCACACCAUAACCUAUGCAUUAAGCAGCACAUUUUUAAACUAUGGAAUUUGUUCCUGCAAGCUGUAGUGGUGGCCACCACCUUGGGUGACUUAAAAAAUUUAUAGAAGAUAAGGCUAUCAAUGACCUUACUAUAUCUCUACUGUCAGAAGCAAUAUGCCUCUAAAUACUAGUUGCUGAAGAGAAACGGUAGGAGUGCUGUUGCGCUAUUGUGUUCAUGUCCAGUUUAUGGGCUUCCCAUAGCCAUCUGGUUAGCCACCAUGAGAAAAUGAUGAUGGACUAGAUGGGCCUUCAGCGUGAACAAGCAAGGCUCUUCUGAUUUUCUUUGGCACAUAACUAAGAAGUGGGCUCUUACAUUCUUACUCCUUCAGAGCAAAGAUUGUGCCAUUUCUAUAUUCUGGACACUUUCCUGGUGUGAAAUAGUGAUAGCAGGUAGCCUUGAUCAUGCAAACAGAUUGAACUGCAAAUAGACCUACAGAUUCUAUUUAGUAAAAUAGCACACAGAAUAUUCUGUGUUUGUUCUUGUGUUGUUGUAGUGUGUGUGUGUGUGUGUGUGUGUGUGUGUGUGUGUGUGUGUGUGUAUGCACACGCUGAAAGCACAAACACAUGGAAUAUGCCAGACCCUGAUCAGUCUAUAUGUGUUCUGUGUCCCUUUAACCUGGGAUUCUCUAAGGACUAUUAAUCAGCGGUUCAGUGGAAGUGGUUUAUCUGCAAGCUGCUGGGAAAUUCAUCCAAGGAGAAUUUUGCCAUUGAUAGGAUAACAAAGCCAUCCUUCUUCACUUGUCCACAAAACAUGAGUAAUCCUUCUGUCCAGUUCAACUCAUCUAGUUACUCAUUGCUGUUAAAUAAAACCCAGCAGUAUACAUCUCCAAUAGACGUCUGUUGUGCCCGCCCAAACAUUCUAUGUUUACAGUGGGUUUGUAUGCAUUUGACUAAUGCACCGAUAUGAUCCUCCUGCAUACUUCCGCUACAUCUCUUGCAUAAGUAAUACAUUGGCAUAGCUCUGCCAUUUGUCAGCCAGCAGUCUGCGAACACAUUUGCUCGUCAAUCUAAUUUUAACCUUUUCUCACACAAGCAUUUGUAAAUCAACCAGGCAUUCUGUCGUUCCCUACUCCCUGCUCUUUGUGGUAGUCUCCUUUAUUUAUUUUUAUUUUUCAUUUAAUGUGCUUUAUAAAACAUUUUCCUUCUAGCCGGCAGGAAGAAAAUUAAAUGGGGCCUUUCUCUUUACUUCUAGAAUGCUGAUAUGAGAAUGCUGGGAACCUGUUCAUUCCUAGGCCAAGGAUAAAUGAUAUGUCUGCUGAAAACGAUUGAUAAUGGACCCAGCUAAUGUAAUUCGGCACUUUCCAAAAUGAAAGACCUGCCCACCUUGAAAGGUAAGUCCUUUGAUAAAUGCAUGGCUAAUAAACUCACAGUACAGAUGCCUAGAUCCAUUAUUGUCCUGUUGAUCCCCCUCCCCUCCGGGGUCACUGGGGCUGAAUCCAUCAAUGUAUUUAUAAAUAAUCCCUUUUUUUGUUUAUUUUAGUCCAGAGCACAUUCUUGGCAUAACUGAAAUGAAAGGGAGCUUGGCUCAUAUAUUUUGGUGAAACAAAAGUCACUGUUAAUAUGGUUUUCUUCAUGUGUGCUUUUAAUGCCAGUUUCCCAAGAAUGUUACAGUCUGGUAUAUGUAGAACUGCAUUUGGCUUCUGUGAAUGGUUUUCUUCAGCUGCUCCUGGUCUUGGAUAGUGGUAUGCUUUUUAAAUCAGAGAGUAGGGUGUUUGAAAGUUUAAAAUACCGAAGUGGUGGUGUCUUGAGUCUAUAAUUCCAUUCUGUUUUGUGGCACCUUAAAGACUAACAAAUUUAUUAUGGCAUACAUUUUGUGAGCUAGAAUCUGCUUCAUCAGAUUCUGUGUACCUGGUGAAGCAUACUUUAAAAGGUGUUAGUCAUUAAUGUAACUCAAUAUUUUGUUGUUUUUCCUCUAUAAAAAAAACAGAACUUUGACUCUGAUAAAUCAUUUGAUUUGUUUCUCCAAGAUUGAUGUAAUCAAAUUAUUUUGUUUUGAUUAAUGAAAUGUCAGGGGAAAUUUGGGUACAAUCCUAAAACAUCUUAAAUGCACGUAGGUCCUAUAAAAUUCAGUGCAAAUUAUGCACAUAGUUAAAACACUUCAUUCUCAGAUUUCAGUGUACCUAACUUACUCUAGAUUUCACCAUUAUAAAGCUACAUUCAAACCAACUACAUUCAAACCAAUAAUUUAUUGUUUGAAAAGUAUCUUAAAACAACGCUCAAAUUGUCAACAGAUUCAGUCCCACUCAAUAUUUUCCUUUUCCGUUUAACCUGCACUUUUGGAGCACUCAGCGCUAACUUACAAUUCAUCAAAACAAAAUGCUUACACUGACGUAUUCAGAUCCAAUAAACAAGUUGAAAAUUAUGGUGCCUGACAAACCUUUAGUAAACAUUUUAGUUAGCCUUACAUAACAAAGAGCUCAAGCAGUACUCUUCUUAGAAUAUGUUCUUGUUUAAAAUCACCGUUCCCAGCAAAUGAGGUUGGGAAGUUUCCUCAACCAACCUAGUUCAUCUUCUGCAUCACUGACACAAUCUAACCAUACCAAUAAACACUCUAAACUCCAGACAUAUGUACCUGCACCACACACACACACACACACACACACACACACACACACACACCCUUCAGAAGCAGCAGUCACACAUUAAAUCAAUGUGAGAGCAGGGAUGUCUCCCUAGCCUUGCCUGCUAAGUUGCUGGUUCUGGCUUGCUCUGUCCCUGGAAAUAAAUUCAGGUGUGCCGCACAAAUGCAGGCAGCAAGGAAGCCUUCAUGCAUGAUUAAGAUAAGGUUACCAGACGUCCCUGUUUCCCAGAGACAGUCCCUGGAUUUACAAAUCAGUCCCCUGACAAAAUCCACCUACUUAGUACGAAGUUGAAAAGUGUCCCCGGCUUCAUUGAAAAAAAUCUGGUAACCUUAGGUUAAAAUGCUUAAAAUUUUAACAUGUAGAUCAUAAUGUGUAAUGAGAUCACAUUUCCUUUUUUAUGCAUACACAUGUCCACUCGCUACAUGUGGUUAUCUACAUAGCAUGUUACACAUUUUCUCAUGAUAAAGUGCUUUCAGUCUAGGGAGAUGUUGUCUAAGAUGGUCCACAGACUCCAGAAAGAAAUCCACACUCGAGAAACACAAGUUCUAUACACAGAUGUGCUACCUGAAAAUAUUCUUUGCCUCCACAAAAUGUUACCUCUGCUGCUGCCUACACACACACAUAACACUACGUAAAUUAUCUCACUAAGGUGGUUUUGAUAAUAUAUAUGAUAAGGAACUGGUCUCCCUACCCUGAUCUUUUUAUACAGAGUGUGAUAUAAAUCUAAAUAACCAAAUAAGAAUAAUCUACUUGGUAUGUGAACUUUCAGCUUGUGAUAUGGAUGUAUUUGAGGCCUAUAGGAUCCAUGACACUGGUCAGAUUCAGCAUCUGACAACAGCUGGACUAAAAUAUUUUGGCCUGUAUUUUGAAUGACACUUAUGAAAUCCAGCCAACUUUGAUAGCGUUUACUAGGCAAUAUGAAUAGAACUGCCUAGUUUUCUGACUUCCACCUGUGGAGUUGAAUAGUUUGGUUCUGGCUUUUCUCUCUCUGAUUCAAAUUGCCCCAUAUAAGCCUCUAAGUAGAAAAGGGAAAUGUUUGUAUAUAAUUUAGGUUUUCCCAUUUUGAAAAUAGUUACCUGUUAUUUCCCCCCACCCCAAUUACAACAUAUGUCAGAAAUCCUUAAACUUACACAAUAUGCUUGGAAGACUAUACAAAGCUAUACGAUCAUGAAGGGGAAACUUUGGCCCUCCAUAUGUUGAUGGACUCCAACUCCCACCACCCCUGACCAUUGACCAUGCUGGCCAGGGCUGAUGGGAGUUGAAAUGACAUCUGAAGAGCCAAAGGUUCCCCACCACUGCUAUACCAAAAUGAACUAUUUUGUAGACUCGUUAGAAUAUUAGCCUUCAGCGUUGCAUUAGGAUCUAUGAGGCCCGUGUAUAGAACUGAAAGCAGUAGACAAUCAUGUGCCCAGAAAGGAGCAAUAUUAGGAAAGGAAAAUCACCCCCUUGUUUGUGUACUGCUUACAUUUGCGUAAUACUGAGAUGCUUCUCACAGCAGGGUGUUGAGGCUCAGUCAGGACAGCUUUCAUUGCCUCUGAAUGCUUGUUUGUCCACUGGCUUUUUGAAUACUUUAUACAAGGAAGGCACUAAGAUACCCCUUUUUUAAAAAAGUAAAAUAUACUAUAAAAAGAGAGAGUACAUCUUUGUAUUUCAUAAGCAUUCUUCAGCAUACUCACUUGUCAUUUUGUAUUGCACACUAAGAUGAAAUGGCUCUAGAUUUAUGUAUUGAAAAACAUAAGCAUUGUCUCAUGAGACCAGACUCUUAUCUAGAAAUAGUACUCCACUUCAAUGUGUGAUCAGCCCAGUGUCUCUGCACCGGACUUUACAAAACCCAAAAACAAAUUCCAUAAAACUUGGCAAUAUUUUCUUAUGUACUCUAUUGGCAAUCACCAUUAACAAAUGGACUUUUAUGGAAAAACACUGUGGGAUGGCAUGGCAAAUGGAUGGGAUGAACAUGAUUUGCAAUGCCAUGCCCCAUACGGAUUUGAUAAUAUAGUCCCAUAAUUCUGGUUUGUUAUAACUGGGGGAAACUCUUGUGCGUAUUAUGUUGUCCUCUUUCUUCUUUUUCUUCCUUCUCUCUUGGUUAAUGUGUUGUACAUAAUUUUCUAUAAAGGGAAAGUCCCACUGGAUGUAUGUACUUCCAAGCAAAGAUUUUUAGGAGUGGGCUGCACUGACAAGAAAUGCUUAAACUGAGACACAGUGACAUAUACUACUUUCUUGAAGAUGCUUCCACUACAAUUUCAGCUUCCACAGAUUAGAAUUUGCCUUAGGUAAAAGCCCACAAACACAAUUUUGUUGUGUUCAGUAUGUGCUCCUGCUUCACUGUAUCUCAAGAGAGAACUUAAAGAUAUGAGGGAAUCCUGCACUUUGCAAACUACCUUGUAUUUGAGAUAGCAAUGAGAUUGUGAGUUCCAUUCCACAGAUAAUGAGAAAGGAGGCUCCUUUGAAACUAUUUGGCUUGGAAGUAGAAAUGUGUCUUGGAAGUAGAAAUGUGCCUAACUUCAAUGCUGCUGUAUAUAUUAUUUUUGCUGCUCCAGUUUUUCAAACCAUUUAAUCUGAGGAUUAUAGAAGAUAACUGCAAGCUAAACUAUCUGGGCAGGCCAAAUAAACUGAUUACAUAUUAACUCUUUUGUCCUACAAUCAUCCUAGCAGACUGAUAUAGAAGCACUGGUUUCAUCAUAUAAUAUGUGUAUGGGACAGGAAAACAGUUGUGUUUAGAUUUUGAGGGUAUUUUUUUUUUUUUAAUGCUUGGCAUUUUCAGUUGGAGGGCUGUGCCCCAGUAGCUCCAGAGGACCAGCCCAAAUCGCUGAUGAAUAAAAAUGAAGGCCAAAGGCUUUUAAGCCAUUUUCACAGGAGAGAUUUAAGCACCCUCUUACUUCUUCCAUUAAAAUAAAUGGGCUUCAGUGGGCUUAACUUUGAUUUUCUUCUGAGGGUAUAUUCCAGCCAAUAGUGAGUUGCUUGAUAAGGGGGAGAUAUAAGUAUGUGUUUAACUGUUCCAUCCUGCCUGGAUUUUGCCUUGUGAUUGAUCGUAUAUGUACCAGCCAGUCCUUUCUGUUUAAUUAUACUAUACCUACAACCCCACUGACAUUUGUACAACCUAAAUAUCAUGGCAUGCUAUCAUGACAUGAAUAUAAUCUCAUACACACAGCAUGAGUCAUGAAGUGAAACUGCCAAAAGCAUUUUUCCUGGAGACGCUUGAGCCCUUGUCAGAUUUCAAUUUCAAUUAAUGGCAUCACAUGCCAAGCAGUGCUUCAUUUCUAAAAUAAGAGGUGCCAGGAGGAUCUCAAAUGCCAGGAAACCAUCCCUGAACCUGGAAAGUUCUGAGUCCUAGAUAUAGAUAUGUGGGUGUUGGCUGUGGUUAGUCAUACAUGAGAAAUGGGAUCAGCAUCACACUCUUCAAUUUUAUUUCUUCCCAUGUUCCAGAGCUAAGUUAUAGCAUUAAAAAGCCUUCCCAGAUAUACAGGAUGCAGGUGUGCUUUUAGUUUACUGCUGGUUUCAUUUUUUAAAAAAGCUUUGUUUUUAUUAAUAACUUUGUUGUUUUAUUCUUUUUGCAAACCGCUUUGCUUUUUUGGUUUUUACAAUCAAGCGGUAUAUAAAUUUUAUGAAAAUAAAUCAAUGGCUGAAACAAAGCCUAAAAGCAAGUUGAGCAACCAUUUUGUCUCAGAAACACCACUAGAAUCACACAAGUAGAAUGUUUACUGCCAUGCCUAGUCCCACUGUUUCAGAACAGCUCAAAAACUUUGCUUUGCCUGGCAUUCCGCUGUUCGCCUGGCCUUCCCUAUAAUAAGCUGUGUGUGGUCACACCCAUAGUUUAACAUCUAUGAAGAAGCAUCUCUUUAAUGCUUCAUCAUGUUACAGGCUUCACCUUAGGUCAGCAUGAUCUAGACUGAGGCAACUGCACUUAGCAAUGGCUUCUGAUGACUAAAAAGAGAGAGAAUAAAUAGGGUUUAGGCUAAUGUACCCACUGUCACCCACCUACCCCAUCAAGAUGGUGCAGAGAUUGUCUGAGGCCCGUGGCAUGAAUAUUGUUAGAAUAAAGUUAUCAACUCAACAGCGUAAGUCCAGCAGGCCCCUGGCAGAGACCCCUGGCAAGGCUCCUUGCCCAGCUUAGCCUCUGAGGCCCGGAGCAAGUGUACCCUGCUGCCUCAUGGGCCUGCACACCAUGACUUUUGACAACAAGUGCAUUCCAGCCCAGCAUUCACCACCAUGACAUAGGUUGUGCAUGUUGGCCUCUAUUUUUGCAUUACCAUCAAAGUACUCAAGUUGCUGGGCAAGCACAAUCAGACCUUUUAAACUUGUUUUUCUGUUCUUAAACUGCUUUGCAUUUCUUUGUUUCCCUUUGCUUCUUUGUUGCAUUUCCCUGGUCAUUCAUUUUUUUGCUUUGUUUUCCCACUCCUCAGUAACUUGGGGGGGGGGGGUGAGUGCAAUUUAAUAUGAAGCAUGUCCAAAACAGGGUUCUUAACGCUUGCCACAGGAAAGGCUCAGAGGUAGAGCAUCUGCUUGCAGAUUUGCUUGCAGAAAAUCCCAGGUUCAAUCCCCGACAUCUCCAGGUAUGAAUGGGAUGUCCCCUAUCUGAAACUCAGGAGAGUCACUGCCAGACAAUGUGGAAAAUACUGGGAUAGAUGAACAAAUUAUCUGACUUUGUAUAAUACAGCUUCCUAUAUUCCUAAAGCUCCCCACCUCCCAAAAAGAAUUCCUCUUUGCUACCUCGGUCAGCUGCCAUGGCUAUUACAAAUAUGUUCACCCCUUUCCUCAGCCUCCCUGGGCCCUGAACUAAGAGGUACAAAGAGCACAUGGCAGCCUUUUGAACACAUAAAUAACGUUGUCAGAUCUGGCCUGCAUGCUGUUCUGAACAAUAACUAUGCCCCUACAGAUGGCGUAAGGGAAGGUCCAAUAGACACAGGGACCUGAGAGUGAAUAUUAAUGUGUGUGAGCACAUCUGUGAAAACAGAGAUGAAGGAACCCCCUAGCAUUGCACUACACUCAGAGAUGUUGAUGGAGUAGCCUGGGGAUAGUCAUAGAAUGCACAUCUGCAUAAACUGCCCAAGUGUAACAUCCAAUAUUCAAAGGUUCAUAACUUUAGAAAACUUAACAGAUGCUCAAGCAUUUUCCCACCUCAAUGAUGUAUUUGUUUUUUCUAUGCACUAACUUUCCUCCAACUGUUUCCUAUGUUGGAGAAUAGGGAACAGGGUGCAGAAGAGAUCAUUUGUCUUUAAUACAAGAGGAAGGAGCCGUUAUGGCACUCCCUUCUUUUUUUUUUUUAAAUGAUAUUUAUUAAAGUUUCAAAGAAAAGAUUACAUAAAUAAAAAGAGGGAAAAAAGAGAAAGAAAUAAAAAAGAAAAAAAUACAAAAUACAGAAAAAAGAUAAAAAACACUUAAAAAACACAUCAAUCUUUCCAUGCCUUACAUUUCAUUUCCUUGCUUCCCUGACCUCCUCACACCUCCCUUUUUUGUGUUCCAGUUCUAUUAGUUAAUUCAGCAAUUCCUUUCCCUCUUUGUUUUUGUCUUAAUCCUUUAACUUAAUAUAUUAUAACUUUGGAUUUUCACCUGUUAACAAUCCAUUUUUACAUACACCUUUAUAACAUUGCUGCUAAAACCACUUAACUUCAUUCUGACAUCAUUCUAACAUUCAUUAAUUUUGCAGUAUUUCUGUAAAUAGUCUUUAAAUUUCUUCCAAUCUUCUUCCACCGACUCUUCUCCCUGGUCUCGGAUUCUGCCAGUCAUUUCCGCCAGUUCCAUAUAGUCCAUCACCUUCAUCUGCCAUUCUUCCAGAGUGGGUAAAUCUUGUGUCUUCCAAUACUUUGCAAUAAGUAUUCUUGCUGCUGUUGUGGCUAUGGCACUCCCUUCUUAUGUCUAAUAUAUCAGAAAAAAAUAUCCCCAAAUUCUAGACAGCAUGAUAAGUUUGGGAUGUGGAAUGCCAACCAUGUAAAGUCAGAACAUUUUACUGCUACAAAAAAUGGAGUUAAAGUUGAAUUUAUUGCCCUAUGAUACACUAGAGGGCACUCCUCCAAACACACUAAUAUAUAUUUAUUCAUUUGCAUGUAGAUCUCCUAGCAGUUGUGUUACCUUUUGUUAUCUCUUUGGGAAACCCAUCAUAUUAAAUAAAUGUAUGUUGAUAUAGACAAGAGUUAGUAAUGUUUAACAGACUGUCAGUUGUAUUAUAACUUGGCAAGCAUUAUAGCCAGAGGUGGUGAACCUGCUGCCUCCCAGAUAUGGUUGGACUCCAGCUGAAUAGCCACAGGUGGCGGUAGGAGGGUUAUAGUCCACCAACACCUGGUGAGCUUGAGGUUCCCCAACCCACCUUAGAAAAUAAUUAAAGGCAGCACCAAACAUGUCCAGUGGAAAUUACCUAUUAACUAGAAAACAUAUGGCAGGUUAUUUAUCCAGGAUACCUAUCAGAUUCCACUGGUACUUGAAUUAUUUCCAGUCUGUCAAACUAUAUUUUGGCCAACCUACGAAUGGCAGCUAUACCUCAACUUCAUCCCCGUUCCAUUUAAAUGAGCUAUGCAUGCAUGAAAAAGUUAGGAUAUUAGAAUUUUCCACAAUUUCAUAUCGUUUCAUAUAGAUGGAGCAAUAUAUUGGAAGCUGUUCCUCCAGCAGACACUGGGCAGGAAGUGGAAGCAUAUCCCAAGCAGUAUUAGAUACAUAGAAUUCCAUCCAUCCACUGCCGCUGUGCCGGUUGGCUUGCCCAAGUAUGAGUGGAGGGUAUUAAGGCUCAUGAUAUCGGUAGUGAUGAGUUACAUAGCUUCUUCUGUAUAGCCAAGCAGCCCUCUGUGCCUUAGCUGUUAACUGUUAUUCAAGGAUGCAUUGAGCAUAUCCUAUCGUCCUUCCCAUAACUCUUUAGAAGCAGCAAAUAGUAACAACAUCGCGUCUCCCCAUACCCAAUCUCUUCCUAGAUCUUUUCCUUUCCACUUUUAUUUGAUAUUUGGAUUAUCUCCCCCCCCUCUUGAUACAACAGUCUUCCAGGCAUAUAGAACAAGGCUUAUCAGUUUCACCUUAGACAGAAGAUGUGAAACUGAUAAAACAUCACAGCAAGGUAUCUUUCCUCUGGCCUGUUUCUUACUCCAUGGAGAUUUGAUAUGGUAUUUUAUGAGAUGAAGACAGGAACACAAAGGAGCAAAAAUGCAGCUCAUGUAUACUCUGUGGAAUUGUGUAGAUAAGGCCUUAGAAAAAUUAUUGCAUUGUAAGUGGUAUGUACUAGUCGCAAUCCAAUGCAGAGGGUGAAAUCCAGUGAAAUCCAUUCUCAGAACAGCUUUUGAUCAAGUGGAAGCAUCUGCAGACAUUAGAGAAGGGGAACUGGUUUUCCCUGAUUUUCCCUGCAAUCCUUUCCACACAGUUCUGGAUGGUCCUCCAGCCCUCUGGAGCAGUUUUUAAGUGGCUGUUGUUUUAUGCUAUGUAUAAAGUAUAUUGGUGCUUAAAACACACUUUAAAAAAACUCUUUGUGCCAUACAUUGUUAUCUGUAUGCACCAAUACAUACAGCAGCAGAAAGUGCAAAAUAAGAGAAAAUCUCAUCCCCUUCUCUUACAAUAACAGAUAACAUCUGCUGGACCAAAAGCCAUUCCACAAGCAGAACAGCAGUGGUGGGUUUCACCCAGAGUCAAGCAAACUUAUAUCAAUGUAUUUCAAUACAAUAUGCAUGUUAACAUUAGACCAUGAAAUUAGCACUUUUAGCUGCUUAACCUCAGGGACCUAAAAGAUACCCCUCUCUGCAGCACAGAUAUUAUAGUAAAUCAUUAGUCCACAAAAGAAUAUUCUGAAAAGUAGCAAUUGCAGAAGGUACUGAAAACAUCAUGACAGUCAUUUAUGUAUUUAUAAAAUGAUCUCAUGUCUGAACCUUUUCUAUGCAAACAAAAGUACAAAAAUCACAUUUGUCUUCCAUAGAAACUGACUCAGAUGUCUAAUAUUCUUUCUUGAACAUAAAUAAAAGGAGAACUCAUUAUAUUUUAUCUAUGUUGGCUAUUCAGACAUUUAUUUCCUAUUAAUCAGGCUGAACAUUAACUCUAGUUGACUGACUCUUUUUAUAACAGACAGAAUGUUGUUAAGUAGGAAUGAUUCAGCAGCUAUGUUGACGUAGGAAAUCAGUCUAAGAAGCAAGACAGCAUAACCCAGACUGGCUUCUAGUGCUGACGGCAUUCAAAAUGCCUGCAACCUGGCAGUCCAUGAAUUUGGCACAUGGUGCCAGAUCACUGAAGUGCCUAAGUAAUGAAAUUUUGCUGAUGUGUGUGUAGCAAAAAAAAAAAAACUCCCACAAGAGGUAUUUCCAUUUUUACUUUGCAAAAGUAAUGAGUAUCUUGGCAUCAACAGCUUCAAAAUUUGGGGGCAGUGUGAGCUGCUCUGUCAGGUCUUGCCAGUCACACUAUGGGAAUUCAACAGAAUUACUGGUAUGUAAUAUAUGACCUGGUAUGUAAUAUAUUUCAUCAGGUGUACACAUCAGGUGUGCAUUUUGGUGGGCAUGGCUUGGCCAAAAUAGCCUCAUGGUCCAAAUGGAAAGGCCUGGUGGGACUUAUUAGCAGGGGGAGCUCUCCACCCCUGCUUUAUGGCUACUAGCAACCACAGCCAGCGACCCCGAGACAUCCAGGCAUGCCCUCUACCACUGCAGCACCAUCCAAGAAUUUCAAGUGUAUGCUGAAGUGAAAGUUCAGGAUGCUGGAAAACCAGCCAAAUGAACAGACAACGGCAUGUGCAAUAGUGCCUGUUGCCCCACCCCUCUGUAAAUGACACAGAAAUGAUUGAUAUCUUUCUUUGAGGAUGAAAAAGAAAUAAUUUAUUAUUUAUACCCCACCCAUCUGGCUGGGCUUUCCCAGCCACUCUGGGCGGCUUCCAACAAAAUAUUAAAAUACUGUAAUACAUCAAACAUUAAAAGCUUCCCUAAACAGGGCUGCCUUCAGAUGUCUUCUAAAAGUCUGGUAGUUGUUCUCUUUGACAUCUGGUGGGAGGGCGUCAAACUUCCACUACCGAGAAGGCCCUCUGCCUGGUUCCCUGUAACUUGGCUUCUCACAGUGAGGGAACCGCCAGAAGGCCCUCGGCACUGGACCUCAAUGUCCGGGUAGAAUGAUGGGGGUGGAGAUGCUCCUUCAGAUAUACUGGACCGAGGUUACUAUAAAAUCCAAAGUCAUUAUCCUUAUUUGUGUGUAUAAAUUAGCAGGCUUAGUGAUCAUUAUAAAGGCAUAUAUCUUGAGACAGAAGCCUGGCCACAAAAAUGCAACCAUGUACUGUAAGUCAGUCAAGACUUAAAAUUCCUGAUCUCUUUUACAUAGGAAACAGGUGGAUAAAGGCUUUAGCUUUUUGUGCCUUGCUGAGUCAGAAACCUGGGAAAGAAUUAAUCGGUCAAAGGUUUUUGUUCUUGAAGAAACUGCAGCUGUUGUGGGGUGUAACUGUUCACCCACAUAGUGGUUUGGGCUGAAUUGCUUUCCAUUGACUGAACUGCAAGUGCACUAGACCAGAACAUCAGGUGCCAGAAAUGAUCAAAUUAAAAUAUUUCAUACUUAUGGCACUGACCCAUCUUUUGAGCUCCUCUCUCCUUCCAUUCCCACCCACCAGCCUCUACCCCAUGCCAUGCUUUGCAUGUCUCCACUUUAUCCCUUAUGAAUUCCGCAAAGUCAAUUAGUACAAUAUUGGUGUCACAGAGGAAUUCACUUAAAAAGCUUCUCUGUGCCAGGGACAAUAGGCAGCAUUCCAUAUGGCAUCUACCCAGGCCAGAUCAGGAGGGUGGGGGUGGUAAAAGAGGGGCACAUGCUGCAGACAGCAGAUCCUCCAAGUGUCCCUAUUUUCCAGGGACAGUCAUGGAUUUACAGAAGCCAUCCCAGUUUCUGAUUUGAUCCCGGAGUGUUUUCCUUAGGGCGUCCCUAUUUUCAUUGGAGAAAUACUGGAGGGUAUGGUGGCAGCAGGUGAGGGGUGGCAGCAAACAGCAAACUACCUCCUCCCUUUUUCAUACCUGUAGCAAUGCAGAAGUGAGUCCUUUUGAAAUGGGCUUCUUUAGAGGGUUUGUACUCUGCUCAGGGGUUGGGGAGGAAAGGAACAGCUAGCUAGGACAGGAAGGUGCGCAGGGAGGAGCAGAGUUGCCAAAGAGAGCAGCAGCAGGAAAAAAAAUCAGCCAGCAAAGUGACACAGAUAUUUAUGGAAAUCCCCAACUUGUGAUUCCCAGCAACUAGUAUACUGAUGCAUACCGCCAUCAACAGUGGAGAUAGAAUACAGUGGUCACUGAAGGUCUUAAACUCCCUGAAUUUAUCUGAUUCUCUUUUGAAAGCCACAUGGAAGCUUUUCCAGAGGCUUCCACUGGGCACCCUGAACAUGCAAACAAUACACCUAUUAUAGCCACUUUCCUGCUACCACAAUGGAUACUUCCGUUCUGUUUACAGGUAGGUAGCCGUGUUGGUCUGCCGUAGUCAAAACAAAAUAAACAAAUUCCUUUCAGUAGCACCGUGGAGACCAACUAGGUUUCUUAUUGGUAUGAGCUUCCAUGUGCAUGUAUCUGAAGAAGUGUGCAUGCACACGAAAGCUCAUACCAAUAACAAACUUAGUUGGUCUCUAAGGUGCUACUGGAAGGAUUUUUUUUAUUUUGCUCUGCUCUGUGUUUGUGUACUUGCUGCAGCUCUCAUUUUUGGGAGCAGUGAACUACUACUCUGUCAGCUACUUUUCAGCAGCUGACCAGUAUUUCCCAUCGAGUCUUAUAUCACUUCCUUCUGCCUCAGAGAGAAAUAAUCAAUUGUGCACUUUUUCUUAUAACAACCAGCUUUCAACUUUUUUUUAGUGCAGCUAAUUCUCAACAAUUGAGAAAAGACAGCAGCCAAAAAGGGGGCAGCCAAAUAGCAUUAUUUUAAGUACCAAACAAUGCAAAACACAACGUUGUUACAUUCUGGUAUGGCAAAGGCCCUUUUUGUCAAGCUAUUAAUUUGUACUUGAUCUCUGGGCAAGCAGGGGAAGGCAGCUAUUAAGGCAAGAAUGAUUUCAGCUACCUGAGGAAUUUUUUUAAAGACAACAAUAAACAAAACCUAGGAAAUCCCCUGGCUAGACCUACCAGCUUUAGGAAUGUUCGUCACAUUGCCUGGAGCACACAAAGUAGCACGAAGAACAUGCCAGACAAAGAUAAUAUUGUCUGUGCUUUCCACUGCAUUAAGAGAUGUGUCAUAAACACCCAGGUGACCUACCUAGCCGUGUGCUUGAGCAUAUUUGUCCAAAGAGCAAACCAAAGCAACAUUUUGCUUCAUACAAGAGGAAAAGAUAUUAAUAUGCUGUUGUUUAUAACUGGAAGUUUUACAAAGCAAAGAAACCAGCACCUGCAGUGGUGGAGUAGCUGAAAAUGAAAUAAGAGGUUGAAAAGAAAAGAUCCGUUGUAAUUUCUUCAUGAUAGACAACCCCAGCAUGCUGUGGUCCUGAUUUUUUAUAUAUAUAUAUAUAUAUAUAUAUAUAUAUAUAUAUAUAUGAGAAAAUAAAUAACUUCACUGACAGCACAUCAAGGACUUUCUUUUUAAAACUGGGACUUGCAAAAACAGAGAAUCAGUCUUGGUGAGUUAUAGUAUUAUUGUCACCCUACAUGAAUGUGGUUACUACCAGUGCUGAUUCCUGAUCAUUGAUACCAGUUUGGACAUCACCCUUGAAGAAAAUAGUCCUUUUCAGAUGCUAUAGGGAUGUGCUACAGGACGCAAUAGCCAUCGUUUGGCACUGUGGGGACAAGAAGACCCAAAGGGAAUUGGUCCUCUUCCUACCUCCCUUCACAUAUUGUGAUCCAAGAGUCAGCAGAAGCCUGCGCAAGGCCUUUGACUUGUGCAUUGGGGCUUCCUCCCUCUCCUGCCCACAUAUGACCUCUUCACACACCCCCAAAAUUUGGCCCUGAGUGGGUCAGGAAACGCCGCCCCCCCGGACAAUGCAUGGGGGUUGAGGGGGGGUUGUAAUAUACAGCUACUGAUUGUCAUGAAUUGACAGCACAACAGGGAGGAGAAAGAGGAUCCCAUUGAGAGGUGUAGCUGAGACUGGGACACACUGAGGCAAGGUGGGGAUGGGGAAGGAGAGGUUGGUGUAGGAAGGACUCAUGAUGUGAUAUGUUAAUUUGUGUCUGUACAGAAAUUCAGCACUCAUGCUAUCUAUCUAACCAAAUAAUCAAGGCUCAAGAACUAAUUUCUCCCUUCACCCCAUUAUUUUAGUCACUGUGCAAACCUAAAGAGUCUAUCCUGACAUUUACACAUUGUAUAAUGAAGAUAAUGUAUUAUUUCUUAAACCCUUUCCAAUUUUUAGGAUUCCUUCACUAACAAAAAAUUAAAAAUGAAAGCCCGCAGGAGAGAGUUUAUUUGUACCCUUCUUUCUUUUAGAAUUGGAUUCACCAUUCUUGUCUCCAUUACUUCCUUUAGCAAUGUUUGAAAAGCCAUUCCAAGGUCAUGAAGUCUUAGUCAAGCAUAAUGUAUAAAAGGUGCUUGAACAUCACGAGAUUGUGUAAGUCAUGCCUGUAAAAUCCAAAGUUUGAAUUUCUAAAACUUCAAAGGCCACAGUGUAAUAUUUUUGCCUGCCAAAUAGUUAUGUUACCAGGAGAUGGCAGCACUUUAUAUAUAAACACAACCUGUAUAUCAAGCUGUUUUCUAAAACAACAUAAGAAGGACUCUUCUCUGCCGUUCAUCCAGCAGUGCUUCAGUGUCCCAGGUGUCCAGGAUGGAGCAGUGUGUUGGGUGGCCAAAAGAAACAGUGCAUCAGAUCACUGGAAAAGACUAGAGCAACUAUACAAGGGCAAACUCCCCAAGCUCUACACCAGGAGUGAGGAACUUUUUAUUUAAUCUAGCCUUGCUGGCCACCUGUCAAUCACCUGGCAUCACAAUGACAUCAGCAGAAAAGGGGGGAAAACAAUGACAUCAGCAGAUAGGGCACUUUGAUGUUCCAAAAUUAACUGAUGUGCUGUGGAGCCAAAACCUGGUUUUUGCAGGCAUCAGUUGCAUGAGCAAUUUAACCAUGGAGAACUCACUAGCACAGCUGAUCUAGUAGACUUUUGUUCUACUCUCCAUCAGUACUUUAAGACUCCUGAUUGUGCAUCUCUCCCUGCUCCACACGUAUGACCAUGUAUGACCAUCAGGUGUGGGGCAGGCAUACAUGGCUUGACAAAAAUGGCCUUGUGGGCCAAAUUUGGCCUGAAAGCCUGAGAUUCACCACCCAUACCGUAAACUGCUGCUAAAUAUGAGUCUUUCUGCCACUUGGAGAAGUUAUACUGUCGGCAAAUCCUUUUCUUUUACUGUAAGCCCAUGCAUGGCAAUUUAAUCUCCUCAUUUUUUCGUGAAACAGUUCUUGUACGAAAACCUGCCAUUUACCACAAUAGAGUAAAUCCUUUAAAAAUCUAUCAUUUAUGUGGUAGUUACUGAGAUUUCUGUAUGAUGACUGUUUCACACAUGCAAAUAUAUGUGAAAUAUAAUUUUUAUUUUAUUAGAGUUGAAAGGCAGGAUAUAAAUAUUUUAAAAUACAGUACAUGAUUCAAUUGCUUAAGUUCUUUACUAGCUUGAAAUUCAUAUACUGUAAUUCUUAGGUGUAUGUACACAUUAAGAAAAUAAUAAUAAUACAAUAGAAAGAAACACUGGAACACAGUAUUCUCACAGGCAGGAGAGUCAUUUUCCUCUCUACCCUUUAUGAGUGAGCCCCAUGCCUUUCAUAUGUGGGCACAAAUGGCCCCAGAAGGAUUAGGUGGAACUAACAGCACCCACAGGUCAGUGAAGUACUCCUUAGGACUGCACAUGACAAGCACAUGUCUGCCUGUGGUUUAAUGAGUCUACACUUUGCGCUGGCAGGUUUGCUAUACGCUGAUAACAUUCAAUAAUUCCUCCCCUCUUUGUCUUUACCAAGCCUUGUAAUCUCCUGUCCAGUGAUCUAGCUACCCACAACUCAUGCACUAAUAUGUGCUACUUGAUUAAAUCUGAAUCCAACCAUAAGUGCUGGUGGCUUUCAGCUCUUGUCAUGCUUAAGGAGUGUUGCUGAAUGAUGAACUUCAAGGAGCCACUUCCUAGUCCUGAAAUCCUGUGAAUUACAUUGCCACUCUAGGGAGGCUUACUCAAUAGGACUUAUUUCUGAGUAAGCAUGUAUCUUAUUACACUGCACAUCAUAUGAUACAUACGUUCAAACAGUCAUUAUUUUCGCAUCCCUGACCCUGGUCACCCACUGCCCUGUUUCUCCUUAUUUGUGCAAUUGAAGAAUGUCAUAUUCACAUUUUAGGGCAAGUUGUCAGGAGUUGACAUUAUCCUCGGUAUAAACUCCCUCCCAUCUAGAGAACCCAACUGGGAUCUGGGAAGAGAAUAACUGGCAGGUAAUGGAUGCCUCUCGCCUCUCUUAAUGUAUUUAUUUAUUUAUUUAUUAUAUCUAUCUAGCUCCCUUCCUCCCAAAGGAGCUCAAGAUGAUAUACAACAUAGUUCAUUAACAAACAUCAACAACACUUCCAUGCUAACCCACAAACACCCACCUACAGUUCUUUGCUCUCCUAUGGUUGCUCCUCUUUAUUGUUGAGGGCGCAUAGUAGUGUGUACGGGGUAAAGGGAAGUAAAUUGGUACAUGCUUCUGAUUUGGAUUGGGGCACUAUGACUUCCUUUUCUUCAGAACUGAUGUGGACAGAUUAAGCAUGCAUAUAACAUAAAAUGUAAGUAGUGCACAGCCUGUCAUUCCACACACCGUAGCUUCUGAGGAAUAUUUUUGAACUGUCAAUAACCUGCUGCAGAACAGUUACACACACACACACACCAAACACCCUAAUAUAUUAUUUCUCUAAGCAAAAUAGCAAAUGCCCUUCUGACUUUUAAAUCAGUAGAAGACAAGCUGCCACUUCCUGCCAAGGUCGUGGGUUUGAUCGCCAUGCAGGCCACCUGCAUAUUCCUGCAUUGCAGAGGGUUCAGCUUCAACUACAGAAACCUCUGGGUCCAACUCUAUGAUUCCAUGAUUUUGAAGCCAUUGUACCGUGACUCAUAUAUGUAAACUAAAAACGCUCUUCAGUUUGCUUGCUUACUUUCUUGCUCCCCCCCCCCCCCCGCCCCCUGCUUCUUUCCCCUUAUGAUUACUCGGCUUGUGUUUACCGAGGGUGAGGACGUGAUUCUUCAAUCUGAAUAUGGCAUGUCACUGCACCUCGCUACAAGCAGCCUAGGGAAACAUUUGAGAGACGUUGUGAGUCACAUUUCCUCCAACAGUCAUCUUUAGGACUUGUGGAGUAAAUUCCCUUGCAUAUAAAGCUAUUAACUCUUGAAAUCAAAACUAUGUUGGUAACUGGACGGGGGCAGAGUUCAGAGGGAGCUGCAACUGGGGUCAACCUUAAGGGUGGGUGACUCCGUCAAUGUGAGUUUCUCGUUUUUCCAGGCUUCCACAUUUCCACGUCAGUUUGUGAUUUUAUUUUUAGUCCUUAUGGAAAUUCAGCAACAUUUUUGUUCACCAUUUCCACAUAUAGGCACAUUUUAUCCUCUUUUGGUACCCAUUAGUUGGCUGGGAACCUGCACUUCAAAAUUCAGAGAGAUGCCAAUUUUGAAGGAUGUAUGUAUUUCAGUUCUCUUAUUGUUUUGGAAUGUGAAAAUUAGAUAAGUUUGCCUUUCACUUGUAAAUGAAUCAGAUUUCUCUCUUCUCCCGAGUCAGCACCCAGUUGUCUGUGAUGGGUCUGUAUUAUAGCCAGCCUAAGACUCUUUGCUGCCUGAGGAGGAGUAAAUAGCACUCCAUCCCCUCCAGUCAAGGCACAGAGCACCCGAGCCUAGCCAAGUCUGAACCAGUAAACUCCACAUGCAUCACUCCAUCACUCUGGCAGCCCAAAGACAACAAUAAUAUAUUAAAUAACUAUCUUCUGCCCUUUCAUGACAUCCAGCUCAGGGCUGCCUUAGGUAGGCUUAGCUCUGUUCCACAACAGAAAAGUUGCCUCUACACAUAAUAUAUUCAGCUAUUCAAAAAUUAGCCACUUAUUUACCUUCCUGGCCUGAAAGCUUUGCUGUUGUUUUUUAACAGACCAUUUCUUUCUUUCUUUCUUUCUUUCUUUCUUUCUUUCUUUCUUUCUUUCUUUCUUUCUUUCUUUCUUUCUUUCUUUCUUUCCUGGUCAGAUGUCAAUCCCAUUUGCAUGUCUGGCUAUUUUCUUUUGCCAGUGAAGAGCGAUGUGAAAUUUGUCCCCUUUUCUGCUCCAUUUCUUCUCUUCUAUACUCCCUGCCACUUCCUCUCAGGGAAUCAAAAGAACCCAUAGUAUUCGCAGCAGUGGAAUGUAUUUAUUUAUUCAUUUGAUUAUUUAGCCAUUUUUGAACUGUCCCUUCACCAAAAACGUUCACAGGGCACUUAAUUUUUUUAAAAAGCAAGAAAGUAAUUGUGAAGAUACAGCCUACAUUUAACAAAAACAUUGAAGCAAUCCUCAUAAAUUACACAAAUGGCAUAAUUAAAAACACAGUGGCCAAGUAGAUGCCUGAGGAAAAACCACAAGCAUGACCUGAGUACAAGAGCCCUCUCCCCUCCUGUGGUUUCCAGCAAAUGGUAUUCAGAAACAUUACUGCCUCCAACUGUGGAGGCAGAACAUAGCCAUCAUGACUAGUAGCCUUCAAAAGCUCUCUCCUCCAUGAAUUUGUCUAAUCCACCUUUAACUCCAUCUAGGUAUAUGGCCACCACUGUUUCCUGUGAGUACAAAUUCCGUUGUUAAACAAUGUGCUUCACGAUGGAGAACUUUCCUUUAUCUGUCUGGAAUCUUCUGAUUUUCAGCUUCAUUGGAUGCCCAUGAGUUCUAGUGUUGGGAGGGAGGGGGUUUCUCUAUCCACUUUCUCCAUGCCAUGAAUAAUUUUAAUUGCAAAUUGGUUUGUUUGUUUUUUAUGGUAAAGUGCAUUGCGAGUCAUAAGUUGGGUAUAAAUAUAGCCAAUGAUGAAAGCAUGAGUGAAUGAAUGCUUAGCAGGAGUACCAUAGAAAGGAAAUGGCUUGCAGUGAAAGGGGUUUUCCUCCCAAAUGAUCCACUGAGUGUCCUGACUUCACCAUGACUCCUACUCAUGCCUAAUCAGAUAAAUUCAGGCUCUUAAUGCAGGGAAGAGUAGUUAUCAUCUGAAGGGCAUAGCUCUCACCAUUCAGGUAACAGGUGAGUCAAGGCCUCUAGCCUGGGAAAGGGACAUAAGUAGCAUUGUAAUAAAGCAGCUGAUUGGAGCUUAAUGUUGGGGGGGUGAGCUAAAAUAGCAGGGAUAUUGUUUCAGAUGUCAAUUGGGGAUGAGAGAAAGGUUUUCAGGAAGUUGUGCUUCAGCAAAAUCUAAAAUCCUGCUCUUUGAUUCGUUCAGGGGCGUAUUUAAAGUGUGUGAGAGUGAAAGAGAGCACAUUUUUGUUUCAUAUAGUCAGCACUUUUUUUCUAAAAAAAAAUGUUUAGGGGUACCCUCAUUUUCUUACUCAUAUUGAAAUACUGCCCCUCAAUGAGGCCAAACUUAAAUUCACAAAAUGUUUAGGGGUAUGCGUACCCCCAGGGGAAAAGCACUGCAUAUAGUUAUCGUGAGAUGUUAAGCAAAUAGACUUGUGCUUUUGAUGUGCUUAGCACACCAAACAGGCCCCAAAAUCCCCAUAAUGUGAGGAAUAUGCUAGUCUGCCACACACAAAAAUAUCUUGUGUGGCCCAAUAGUACUGCUCCCACAGAGGGUGCCUUGCCCUCUCCUCACCAGUGUAUCUGCACAAUGUACUGCUCAGGCUUUGCUCAUCUGUUUGGGGGUAAUUCCAUCUCUCUGCCAAGUAUGAUGGGAGCAUACGUAGCUCUUCUGAGGCAUUACCUCACCUCAAAAGAGACUGUCUGCUGUGCAUCUUCUAAUUAACAAGGACAACCAGAAUACCAGCAUGCAGAAACAGAAAAGGGUAGUCUCCUUAGAUGCAAUGUUGUGCUUGCCUCAGGCAGCAGAUGCUGUGGGGAGGGGCAGUGGCAAGGUGUUGGAGGACACAGCUGUGUGUGCCCCACAACUUGCCUUGCUUACCCCUAAACUAGCCUGCUGUCCUCAGUUGCAGCAGAAGACACUGGCAGUGUAUUAAAGUAAGAUUUAAAUGCCAGUUCAGUCAGCUUCUGAACACAGUAUGUAGGGGUGUCAUCCUGUCCUUUGCCUCAGGCAGCAAAAUGUCCUGGGCCAGAUAAUUAUUACAAGGAGGCACUCUAAAUGUGAAUGUUUUCAGCUGUAAGAGUAAAGUGUGCCCCAGGUUUCCCAUUUCUAUUUUCUGUUUCAGAAAACAGUGCCCCUCGGUUAUCAGAAAAGUGGGGAUAUUUUAUUUAUUUAUAAAAAAAAAUUGUAUACCACUAUUUCACAGAAAAAUAUAAAAGCGGUUUACAAUAUUGCAUAAAAUCAUACUGUAAAAUCCACCUGAAAAAAUGAAAUCAGAAUUGAAAUCAAACAUCAGUUAAUUAUUGUAGAAAGAUGUGUUCUUAGUUCCUGCAUAGACUUGGCAGAAUAAAAAUGUUUUCAUAAUAAUAAUAAUAAUAAUAAUAACAAUUUAUUAUUUAUACAGCGCCCAUCUGGCUGGGUUUCCCCAGCCACUCUGGUUGGCUCCCAACAGAAUAUUAAAAACACGAUAAAACAUCAAACAUUAAUGCAGGUGUUUAGAGGUUGAAAUAGAAGGCGCUUGCUGAAUCUCUCUUAGCAGAGUAUUCCACAAUACUGGGCCAAUGACAUUAAAGGCUUGGUUUCUUGUUGUCAAAUGAGCCUCUCAAACAGGGGCAACCCUGUGAUAACCCUAUGAAUGAUAUGGAAAAUUCAGAGAUUCUAAAUGCAUAGUGACUGCUGCGGUCAAAUGAACAGAAGGUCUAAACUAUAAAUGCAGAGAACCCUCCAUUUGGCUGGUUAUAGCUUUAUCCAAAGCAGAAAAGAGUAGAUGCUCUGGCACAGCUCUAGCAACAGACACACAACACAUGCUGUGUGGUUUAUUGGAAAGCUUUUUUUAAAGCGUGAAAAAUUGGAGACGGUAAGACGCUCCUUUGCUAGGAACUGCCACUCCUCUCUGUGGGUUGGAUUACAAGAUUGAUUGAAACUAUUUUGCAAACAGUAUGCCACAUAUAUUCAGCAAUGAUGCAAAUGUUGCCCCCAAGUGAUACUUUCAAUUAAUACGCUAUAUGGAAUGUCAGGAGGGAUAAAGUUUUAUCAGUUGUCGAAAAUUAAAUGGAGAUUUCCUGAUAAAUAAUAGUUUUCCCAACAACGUGAAACUUGACAUUUCUUGCUGCUUCCCUAAGUCAGAAGGGCAUGGUACUAAGAGAAGCAGUACGUGAGAGUGGGGCAGGGGACAUCAGUGAGCUUAUUGUAUAAGCAAGACAGCAAAACUGAACUCAAAAGAUCAUUUCAAAUUCACCUUUAUAUGCACAAAAUAUGUUUUUUUGUCCAGGCCAAAACUGUGCAGUCAAUUUCCAGAUAAAAAUCCAUCAAUCAACCACAUGACCUUGGCCUAUGCACGUAGGAUGCUAUGCAUAUAGGUCUCUUCAAAGAUCUAUGGACAGCAGAGAUACGUAAGUCUAGUGCACCUGCUCCAUGCACAGGGCCAAAUUAGGCCUUUCCAGUAUUGCGUAACCCAGCCCUUUCAUGUCUUAAUCUGCAUAAAUUGAAUGCACUGAGAGAUGACUGAAAUGGAAUCUACUUAUUCACUCUUACACUUGACCAAAGGUCUGUAAAUGGUUCACAUGGAAGGUCCUUUCACAGGUCAAGUAGAAGGUAUGAUUCCUCUCUUUCUCAGGGACACUGACAGAGGGCUAUACUUAUACCAGGCCCCAGACACUUAGCUUUCAUUUAAAUAAAUAAAAAAAGUCAAUUGAACAUUUCUAACAAAAGUUAGAUAGCAAAUUGUGGAGGCAAUUCUAAAGCUUCAGCAUGUGACAGGUAGCACCAUAGCUAAGGACACUUAAUCACUGUUUUUAAGCAAUCAGAGGAAGAAAUGCUGACUAUCUCUCCUGGGGAGGGCUUCCAGUUCAGCAUGGGGAUGGGAAAAGGAGAAGCUUGUUGUUGCUGUUAGCCUGACACUGGACAGACUGGAUUAUGUUAGUUUAAGUACUUUCUUUCAUGUCCACAUUGUUUCAUUCAUUCCCAAAGUAUGCUUUCUUUACAGAAUAAAACAGGUGGGUGGGGGCACAUGUCAUUAUGACACAUGUUGGCUAGGUGGGCUGCCCCAACUACCUGUCAGAAUCCAUGCAAAACAUUCUUUGAAGCAGCAUCCCCUAUCCUUUAAACAUUGCUUGAGCAAUGUUAAAAGGAGCAGUUGCUGCUUCAAAGAGCACUUUUGCAAAGAGCUUUAAGACAGCUCCCAUGUUCCCAUCUGGGCCUUCUCAAUGCUUGAAAAACCUUUAAAGGGGAGGCUGUUUCAAAGAGUGAUUUGCAAAGGGCUUUAAUACAGCAUCCCUCCUCUGUCUGCGAUUCCAAAGGUCUGAGACUCCCACAACAUCAAUAGUAAAACAUUUUUAAAAGCAAUUUGUGAACAGCUAAUACAUUCUAUGAACAGUGAUCUCAGUGACUCAGGAACAGUGUCUUUCAGCCAUCAAAUGCCUGGGUAAAUAGAAAGGUUUUUAAAUUAUGCAUGAUAGUCAAUAAUGAGAGGCAGCUGCACCUCACUAUGGAAGGCAUUCCACAAACAGGGAACAGCCACUGAAAAGGCCCUGUCAUGAGCCAAUACCUACCAUGCAGCCCAGAGUGGCCUCACCACCACCAAGGCGUCACCUGCCGAUCAAAGGGUGUGAGAUAGUUGAUACUGGUGAGCGUGCACACAAAAUGGCACAAGAGUUGAUUUCCCAUGCUGCUUGUGUGAAUAUGUAAAUCUCAUAAAUAUGUGAGAGGAGUCUUUCCCAGCCAAAAAAGGUCUGUCUCAGCCAUGCAGAGAGAAACCUCCACACACACACAAAAUCCCACUGAUGUAAAAUAGCUCCUAUGCUGCUUGAUGUCCCUGACAUCAAGGGCCUUAGCCAACCAACAUUUUUAGUAAGCUUAGUGAUUAUAUUUCAAAAUGUAUUCCAGCAAGCUGACAUUCAGAUGUGUCUCAUAAUAGUUUUUACUUUUUAGCCACACACAUUUGCUUUUGCUCUUUUUAUCCUUUUAAUGCAAAGUUCAACAUUCUCUGCAAAUUUAAUCACAACUUCCAACAUUGCUGGUUAGGAUUACACAGCGGUGACAUAUACUUUUUCCCUUUUUAGAACUGGUUUUACAAGGUUCAUAUCCAACAAGGAAGUUGAGGAAAAAAUGGGAUUUAUACACCUCCACUCCAGGUAUUUUACCCAAAUUAUUCUACCAUUCAGUUAACAUAGGGAACAUGUUUGAAAAACGAUAUUGGGCCUUUAUAUCAACUCUAAAGGCACUAUAUUCCAACAUUCAUGGGUUCCUAAUGAGCUCUGUAAGGCUAAGUGUGUGGAUUAAAAACAGCAACCAGGAACUCAGGACUGUACCUGUAUGAAUUCCCCCACCUUCUUCUGACUAUAUACCUGUCUUCCUUAUAAGGGAAACAAGGAAGUAAGAUAAAGAAUUCCAUAACCAUGCUGAUAGCCCUUAGGCACAGCUUGCAGUUCACCUAUCCAGGUGGCACACUGUAUUGUUGCCUUGUUUAUGUUAAUGUAGUAUUCUGGUAACUGAGAAUAUUUCUUCUAAAACCUGCCUGGACUGGAGUUCUCAAUCUUCAAGUUCUCAUAAAGUUUCUGCACUGGGCUCAUUACGCUGGACAUAAUUAAUUAAUUUUGAUAUGUUUUGUAUGUGCAGCCAGAUCUGAAAGCGAAUGGGGAUUGAAUUGCUUUGCCUUUUUUUCCUAUUCCUGCAAAGAAUUAACUAUGUACAAGGUAAGGCUCACAGGUGAUGUAUUAACUUUUGGGAAAAUGUCCUAUCCUGCUCUUUUAGAAACUUUUUUUAAACGAGUAUACUAGUCCUGUUAUGCAUGCAGCUUUCCACUUGACUAUCGUGUAGCUGUUUUGAACUGAGUUUCGUUCCUGUUACCGAGGCUAUGUAUGGAAUGUAAUCCUAAGGACUGCUUAAUUUUACAAAUGAAUAGUGUGAGAAUUUACACUGCAUCUGUGAUUCUGUUAUGUUUUAUAGUACCUAAUACAUUUUUAACUUACAGCACAAAUAAAUAUCCAGAAAAGUAGCAGCAGUAGAAAAUGUCUGGUGCACAAAGAGCCGAUGAUCCAGCUGAAUCAGGAAUGAUAGAGAUCAAGUACAUGAAACACAAUGACUGAUUCAUACAAAAAAAAUUUUUUACAAAUCUUUCUUUUUGCCAGUUGUCACCUUGGGAAAAGCUGGAUAUUCAUUUCAGUCAAGACUGUGCUUCAACGUAAUUUUGUUUUAUAAUGACUUCAAUUUCACGGCACUUUUUGGUCACCGUUUUGAAUAUCGAAAGACAUUCAGUUCAAAGGGUGGAAAGGGUACACUGGCAGGCUGUGUUUGGUGAGGUUGGAACAAUACCCAGAACAUUUUGUUAUCUGCCAUAAUUAUGCUGCGUUCUGAUCUAUUAUAUUUCCUUGAUUUUUAUAUGCAGGGAAUUGUAAUCCAGGGAGUGCAGUGAAUUGUAAAGAGUGUUUGCUUUCUGGACCGCAUUGUGGAUGGUGCUUUCAAGAGGUAAAGUGAAUUAUCUGAAAUAUUUUAAAGAAACACCAGUACUUGAAGUUGGUAUGAAAAGAGUCUGUCCAACUCUCUGCUCUGAUUCUAAUCCUGCCCUGAGGGAAGAAAUUCAGAAGCUGAAUCAAAAGAUUUAUUUCAGAACCUAAGGGCUUGAGCACACCCAGUAAAAUAUUUGACUUCUUUUUAAGUAGCUGGUCCCCAGCCCUAAACCCUAAUCUACCACACAAACUAGGUUGUUUAAAUUCCCCUUCAUUUCAAAAAAUAGUCUGAUGUGUGGCAUAGAGAGCUGCUGCUUGAGAAACACAAAUCCAAAGCAUUUAUUAGAUUUCUAGCAAAAAGAGGCCUUGUGUAUUAAUAGCAUAGAAAAGUAUUUUCCUAAGGAUUGCUCAGUGUAUACAUUUUCUGAGAUUUUGCAGAAUUUUUGGCAAAAAAGAAAUGUGGUGACAGAAACAGAGAGAUGGAUAAAUGACAUGAAGCAAAGGCCCAUUGGUAAGAAGAUAUAACACAAAUCUAUCUGGAAGGGAAAGGGAACUAUGUUUCAGAACCCACCUAAAGAAAAAAUGUGUAGAUCUAGUAAGAGCAAUCCAUGGGCAGAAACAGGAUUGACCCGAAACUCUUCAUUGACAGACAGGGGGCAAAUGCCCCCUUAAGGCAAGGUGCUUAGUACGCAUGGCUAGCCAAGUCAUUUUGGUGCUUAAAGAAAAAAAACCAUAAAGUCCACUCCACCCUGCUCCUGGCAGUAAAUAAUAAUAAUAAUAAUAAUAAUAAUGCACUUACUUAGAAACUGUCAUUCAAGGCCAAAGGUACUAAUUUUCUGCAAUUCUGAGCAUGUACAAUUCCGCAUAGAACUCAUAUGUGGCACAAUAUUUGCAUUCCUCACAAACUCAGCUUUUGCUUCCAAAGAAAAAGAGGAGUGCAAUUAUUAUUAUUAUUAUUUAAUUGAAAGAAAAUGGUUGACCUUUCAUGACCUCCCUCACUAUGCCUAAUGAUAGGGCCGGCCAAGGCAGAAAAUACGCUUUGAAUUUGUUCUUGGAGCAAAAAUUUUCACACACUGCAACAACUACAUGAAAAGAUCUACUGAGUGGCCCCCCUAGACUCUUAAUGUACAGUCUGCAUGUUUUCAAAUGCCUGUCCACAGUUAAGAGAACUUGAACCUCAGUCAUGGACCAGCCACAGCUAAGAAUUUUACAGUGUAAUCCAAUAUGUAGCAGCUCAAAAGUAUAUCUCGUUGAGUUCAGUGGAGCUUACUGCUUGGCAAAUGGGUAUAGGAUUAUAACCUUAAAGUGCUGUCUACUUUGAUGGGGAGAUUUGGCCAUGUGGUUAACAUUCAGGCAUCAAAAUCAAAAGGAACUGAAUGUGCUUAACGUAGACUGAAUUGCACUCCUCCUUUUCUUUGGAAGCAAAAGCUGAGUUUGUGAGGAAUGCAAAUAUUGUGCCACAUACCGAGUUCUAUGCGGAAUUGUACAUGCUCAGAAUUGCAGAAAAUUAGUACCUUUGGCCUUGAAUGGCAGUUUCUAAGUAACUGCAUCAGGCUUUAUUUUCACAACAUAUACAGUACUUAGAGAAAACAGUCUGUGAAACUAUUUCUUGUAUUCAGAAGUUUCCAAUGAAGAAAUUAUGUUCUACUGUGCAUCAGUGUUCCAUUGUCUGGAUUUUCUUGGAAUAUCCCAAACCUUUAUAUUUUUGUUUGUUCCUGAAAGUGAACUAAAAUAUUCACUUUCAGAAUACUCCUCCUUUUGUAUGGGAUGGCAUUCUGAGAAAGAACUAGAAACCUCAUUGAUUAAGCAAAGAGAGGGGAGAAGCAGCAUAUCAGUUCCUCAGUUUCUUCUAUACAGCAUUUCAAACUUUUAAAACUGCCAGUGGUUUUUUUAAAAAAUCUGUACAACUAUGCGUAAGCAAAUGCUACAGGUACAUGUGCAUAAAAUUAGCAUUUAAGCAUACACAAAUGCUGAAUUUUCAUGAAAAUGCUUUUUAAAAGCAGAUAAUUGCAAAUUGUUGUGGUGGGGUACAAAACUGAAUUUAAGAUUGGGAAAAUGAAAACGGAGGGAAACCAGAAUUAACAGGUUCAUCCAUCUCUAAUCCAACUAGACCAAUGCUUUUCCCCCUCAAAAAAUGCAUGUAAAUUGUUAAUGGUCUUGGCAGACCACUUAAUUAUUUUUCCGCCUGUUGUAGUUCACUGUGUUAGAUGCUAUUUGAUUUUUAAGUGUACCUCAAUGGCUUCUUUUAUUUAUUGCACUGGAAUUUAUUGGAUUACAUUUUGCAUUUCAUAGAACUUGAAUUGUCAUGAAAUAUAAAAAGCAAUAAAAAUGUUUAAAUAAAUAAAUAAAAAGCCUGCUUGCUUUGGAAAAACAUUGGAAUCAGUCCAGUCAAGUGCAGAUUCAGCGAUGUUUGUAAAGGAGCCUCCCUGGAUUCAACAAAGCUUUCCCAGGCACAACACAAGUGUAGGCAAUGGAAGUCUCAUCUGAAACAUUUGCUUUGUGUUGAAUAUCAAGCCUGAGGAAUAGUUGUGUGAAUAGCUGGUGACUUUUAGUUAAUCCCCAAAAAAGACACUAAACUAUUGUUUUUGUUUGCAUUUUUUUUCUUAUCGUUUUUUCUUAUCGUUUUCUUCUAUCGUAUUGCCUUUCCUUUUCCUUUUUCUUUUCCCCCCCACCUCUUUUUUUUUGUCUACAAUCACCAGCACAGACUGUUGGCUAAAAAUACUGAGUCUAAGCAUCCUUAAAAUAUGGGCUGACGUGGUAAUGCAUCUUUCUUUUUUUGAAAAGUCAGCAGAUUCAGAGUGUUUUUCUGGAGAUGAUCAUUUGCUUUUGUCUCUAAGCAUUUCAUAGCAGUAGGUGAUUUUUAUAUAUACUGAUUUGGCUGUGAAAGCUUGGUUGCCAAAUUAAAAAUAAGCCAACAUCCCCUUUGAAUAUAUUAAUAAACUAAGUUUGGUUUUCAUGGAAAUAUGAGGAAUAGCAGUCUUUCGAGAAAUGAUGUUGAAGACGGAAGCACUGAAAAGUCUGUAUUCAUACUGUUCUGGUAUAUUCUUGGGGAGGACUGCAAAGGCAGAUCUUAUAUUUGUAGAUUUAAAAUAGCCAUGAUCUAUUAUUUAUUCAGUUGCCCUACCUGAAAUUACAUGACUGGAGGAGGUAAAUGUGCUUAAGACAGUUUUGGUUUUUUUAAUGGUUGGCAAAUAUAUGGCAGUCACAGAGACUUGUCCAAUCCAGAACUUUCACGUGAUCCAUUUGGGCAGUGGAACAAAAAUGGCCCACUCAGAAGCUCUCUUUGUAAGUUGCUUGAAUAAAGAGGAAAAGUGAAUAUAGAGGGACUGUGGGCUGCACUUUUGACCCACCCGCUAUGGCACAUGAUUCCCCAGCCCAGCCACCACCAUACAAGUGUUAGAAUAGCUGUCUGAGGCAGGCAAACCUUCAGGCAGUUGCUCAAGAUCCAUGGAAACCUUUGUACAAAGGGGUAAAAGUGCAAAGGCAUCCCUGCCAUAGAUGACCAUGCUAACACAUGGAUGGCACGGGUGAGACUUGGGGGGGGGGAGCCUUACAUCAGGGAACUGGGUCAGAUGUGCAGCCCCACAAUCCCACUCUACAUGCUUUUCAUUUUCACAUCAGCAACUAGAAGAGUAAAAGCUAAUGGAAGUUUAGAGAUGGUAGUCUCUAGAACCACCAUCACCUCAUCUAACAUUAACACAGGAAUGGCUCUAUUUUCACUUAGCACACUCUUUUUUUUUUUUUCUUUUUUGCUAUUAUUAUUAUUUCUGAACUUUGAAACACUUACACAAUUUACUUUAAAAAUUACAAGGAUAAAAAUAUAUUACAAAAAACAUAUUCCUCCUUCUUUAGAAUGAUUCCUGAGAAUAUACCCCAACUCACCCUUCCCAACACGGAAGAGGUUAUAUCAGAAUUGGUUUUUCCCCAGUGACUUUUCUAGAAAAGGCCUGUAAGUGGACUGAUGGGUCACACUUAUGCUUGCUAUCAGAUCCUUCAAAAAAUCCUAAACUGAUGACAUAAUUGGACAAACUAUUUUUUGAAAUGAUUGCAUGCUUAUCAUUUCAGAUCUAUUUCCAGCUUCCUUAAAUUAUUAUAUGUCAUGCGAUAUUUCACAAAAAAGGAAACCAUAAUAUAUGAAAGUUAUUAAUUUUGUCAAAUUAUCUUUUUCUAAUUAUCACAUCUUUUUUUCCUCCUAAUUUAGCCACAAGCUAUUUAUCCAUUUUGAGAUAGAGGGCAUAUAAGACACUUCCCAAUUACCCAAAGUCUCGUUGUUAAUAAGAAACAACAAAUAGUCAAUAAUGUUAUCCAAUUGAUUUCAUUUGUUUCCCUUAGAUCACCCAAUAGAAUUAUUAUUGAGUCUAAUUGUAACUGGUCCCUUUGACAUUUUGCAUGCAACAAAGUAGUUGUUAAAAAUAUUUUUGUGCUAGGAUAACCCCAUCAUACUAUGGGUAGCAUUUGAAAGGGACUUGCAAGGUGGAAACGGCUUCUCCUGCCAGCUUCAGUUUAUUUGCAAAAGACACCAUUGUGUGUCAAGGCUUUAUAAGACAGCAAAGAAAUACAUUUUUAAAUGAUUUCAAAACUUCCCCCUUGGGUAAACAGCAGUUUUUGAAUGCAAGUACUGCACAGGAAAGGCAUUUGGCAUGCUAUACUGGCUCAUAUUUUCAUCUAUUCCAAUAUGCCUUCUUUAGUUAUGAUGCCUCAAAAUGCACUCAGCACACAAUGUUUGUUCAAUGACCCAGCCUUAGUUUUGACUUGCAGUUUCUGGCAAUCAGAAUUUUUGCAUAUCUUGAGAACUAGAUGCACAUCAUCAUUUUGGGCAGAGACUCGAUGACCACAAAUUCUAUUCUCUGUAAUGUGUAUUAAAUUAUAUAGUGCUGAAAAUAUUGGUGAUGGGUGUAAUGGAAUGUAUGACUAUGACAUUAUAAGCAAUGACUCUACUGCAUUGAUUUUUUUCCUGCUUAAUGAGUGCGCAUCCUUGUUGCUGGAAGGGUAAGGUGCAGGAGAAAGAGACUAAUCUAUUGAAAAAGUCAAUUAUAAGUACACUCCUUUUGCACACAACAGUUUCAAAGUAGGUCAUAGUUGCACUGUUCUCCUGCAUAUCCCCACUUACAAAUAGGGAUUUGUGACUUAACUUAUAUAGAAAAUAUUAUGCUAUGCCUUCAGUCAUUUGCAGAAUUGGCAUCAUAUUAUGUUGCAUUACACUCUGUUCUUGCACUCUUUGUUUCUUAUAGAAUUUUACUGAUCCAUCUGAAAUUCUUAGAAGGUGUGGCACUCCUGAAGAGCUUAUUUUGAAAGGAUGCCAAUUGAAUUUCAUUGAAUUUCCUACUUCUGAAGUGGUAAUUCACAAAAACAAACCUCUUAGUGAAGGGCCGCAGGAAAACAACUCAGAUGUUACACAGAUUUCUCCUCAAAAGCUAACUGUCCUACUGCGGCCAGGUAAGUUGUAUUGUUCAUAAAUGCUAUUUUUUUAAAAUCAUUUUGUAGCUUUGUACAUAGCUUCCAUUUGUUCAUAUUAAAUAUCAGGAUGUGAGAUGUGACAUAUUUAGGUUGCAAUCCUAAACUUGCUUACCAGAAUUGCACUGAACUUAGAGGAAUUUACUUCUGAGGAAACAUAUUUAGGCUUCUUAAAAAUGGAAGUUAUGAAAGAACACUUAGUAAAGAUGUGUAAAGUUGAUGAGCUUCUGGGAAGUCCCGCCCCUGCCCCACCCCCACCAAGCAUCUGUGCAGGGCAAGAUUUAUUUCCUUGUAUUUCUUCUAUUGCAACAUUCACAUGGCACAAAAGCAGCAUUUUUUUUAAGGACUCGCCCUAUUUUUCUGAUUGUAAAUUAUUUUCACUAAUUUUAAAAUUGUGCUUUUAAAUUGCUGUAAUCAGCCCUGGGAACUAACGAUGAAGGAUAUGUAAGAAAUAUAAAGAAUUAAGAAUAUCUACCAAUAUCACCUAAAAUCAUAUCUCCCCAACAUUUGUAAGAGUGUUACAGAUACAGGUCAACUGUUUGUUUGUUUCCUAAAGGCUUGGAAAUGGUCACUGCACAUUUUAUAAAUAAAUUUGGUAAUUGUACUCCACAGCGGCAGUGGCAGUUGGUGAAAGCUGUAGCUGAGAUCACAUAAACCAACCUUCAUAUGUAACUGCCUCACACUGUUCACAGGCUUCAGGUGAAUCUCCAGGAUAAUGAUCGGUGGGAUUCAACUAAUGAGUCCCAUCAGCAGAAAACACACAUAGAUUUUGGCUUGCUCAGUGGAGCUUUCCUCCCGUGAGCACCCUGAAAUUUGCUUGAAUUCCUCCCAUUGAGAAAUUAGCAUAACCAACAUGCUUCUUUCUGUUGGCUUUUGCCUACUCAGACAGUUUUCCUAUCUAUGCUUUUCACACGUGGCUCUUAUACUGCUUUGUCAACUUUCUUAAAUUACCAUAAAUAUGGAAUCAGGGCCAGAUCUCAAUAUUAUCUUUUAUAAUUCAUGUAGCACUAUCAGUGUGCAUGGCACCACACACCAUCCCUGCCGAAGCUUCACUUACUGGGGUCGUGUGGCUGUGGCUUCUGACAAGAUCGCAAGAGAGCCUAGCAAAAUCACACAAAGGCCUCUUGCGAGAUCUUGCCAGAACCCAGAAGCCACCACAACCACUUCUCCUCACUUGUCUGGCACUAGGGGGGCAUGCCUGUCGAGGUGCCCAUAGAGGUGCUCCUUGGAUUCUGCCACCUGAGGCGCUCCCCCAGUCUGCCUAAUUGACAGACCAGCCCUGCAGCCAACACAAGAGGAGCCAACACAUUUUUUAUUCUUUGUGAGAGCUACUAUCAGGUGGGGGUGACGCGGCCGGGGUUGGCGCAAGGGGGGCGUCAAUCCCCCGUCCCCAAGCCGGGUCACUGCAAGGGUCUGGAUGCCCGGCCGCAACACCACCCACCAUGAAAGGUGAGUGGUCCUGCUAUUAGAGGAUAAUAUUCUGAAAUGGGAUUUAAAGUUUUACAUCGGAAAGAAGAAAAACUGGAUGCUAAUUCAGUUAAAAUCUUGAUGCGGUUAACUUCAUAUGAUCACGAUCAAACUAUUAAUCUAUUUGCCAAUCUGUUGAAUGACCUCACGUCAUUCUUUUCUGUCCCAACCCACCAGGCAAAUUGGGCCCACCCCAAGACAGGUGCACCGUGGUUUAACCGUAAUUGCAAACAAGCCAAACAACAUCUUUGUGCUAUUUAUAAUGAUUACAAAUCCUCAGGGGCGAUUACGCUUCCCAAGGAGUACUACCAGGCAAAAUCAGCUUACAAAUAUGUGCAGAAAAAGGCCAAACAGGAAUGGCAAUUGAACCGCUGGCAAGCACUUAUAGCUGCCUCAAGUACCCGUAAUUCCCGAAAAUUCUGGCUGUUGGUUAACAGAAAAUCUAAAAGAUACCCCUUAACAGUUAUUCCUGCCCCAAUUUGGGAAUCCUUUCUAAGGAAUUAUUUUGCCUUACCAGACUUUAAUAUUAAUACAAUCGAUGGAGUCUAUGAGCAGCUCCUCUUUGGCCACCCACUGACCCGGAAGAAAUCCACGGACUUAUUUCUAAUCUUAAAAUCGGAAAAGCCCCCGGUCCUGAUCUAGUCCCGGCAGAAGCUAUAAAACUUCAUGCUGACUGGUGGGCGAAAAUCUUGGCCGCUACCUUUGAUGCCGUAAACAACAGUGGGAAGGUACCAAGAAUAUGGAAGGAUGCGAUUAUUGUUCCAAUUCAUAAAAAGGCUCGACAGAUGACCCGAGAAAUUACAGGAAUAUCAGUUUAUUGUCAUUAAUCGGGAAAAUAUAUGCACGGUUCUUGUUAACUAAGCUUACUAAGUGGGCCGAAGAGAACAACCUGAUUGGGCCUGAACAGGCUGGUUUUAGACCAAAUCAGUCAGCGGUUGAUCAGAUCUUAGUUUUAUACCACCUUGCCCGGAAAUACUCCUCCCCAAAUAGAGGCGAACUUUGUGCGGCCUUUAUGGAUUUAAAGGCCGCGUGUGACAGCAUCCCCAGAGGAUUGCUUUGGGGAAAACUAGCCCGAUGGGGAAUAGACAAAAGACUUUUGUGGCUAAUAACUAAACUGCAUGACGGAUCGGCCGCUAGGGUGAGAAUCUCUCCGGCAGGCGACCUCUCAAACUCAGUAGCUAUCAAUAGAGGUGUUCGCCAAGGAUGUAUCCUUGCGCCGACCCUUUUUAAUUUAUUUAUAAGUGAUAUGAGGGCGCCUCUGAUAGAGGCUCAAGAAACGAUCCACGCCCCCCGUCUUGCCCAAUAUCGUUGCCCCCUUUUACUCUACGCAGACGACGCAGUGAUCCUAUCCUUUUCAAGAGUCGGCCUUAGGAGGGCAUUAAAAUUUUCGAUGUUUACUGUAAAUCAAAUUUUCUUACAAUUAACCAUGUUAAGUCCAAAGUUCUACUUUUCACCGAGAGUCGAAAAAACCUAUAAUUGGAGAAUAGACGGAAAGCUAUUGACCAAGUCUUUAAAUUUCAGUACUUGGGAGUCUUCCUCCAACACAACAUGGGCUGGAAGGUCCAUGUUGCAUAUGUAUUAAACAGAGCUAAAGCCCUUUCCUAUGCGCUAUUGCGUUUUUCUUUCAGAUGGGGCUUCCAUAUUCCAUCAGUGUUAAAAGUUUUCAAGGCAAAGGUGAUUGCAACAAUAGCAUAUGCAGUCCCAUUAUGGGGGUCCUUUGCUAAUCUAACCCAUUUGGAGGUAAUCCAAAACCAGCUUUUAAGAAGGUUGUUAAAAUUACCCAGGUGCGUAAGCAAUACUGCUAUACGACUGGAACUAAAUGUUACAUCUCUAGAAACCACAUUAUGGAAAUGCAUCCUCUGUUACUGGUUGGCUUUAUGGCAUAAACUUCCAAAUCUCCACUUGAUACAAUGCCUCUGGAGAGAUGACUUACAUAGCCCCUGGGCAAAAAUAAUACAUGGGAAACUUGUGUCCCUAGGACUAUCUCCAUCCGAACUAUUAAAAUUGGAUUUAACUUCGCUAAAAGAAUUAUAACUCACAAAUUAGAGGAGAUGGAUUUACAAUUUAAUAUUGCGACAGGUGGAGGCACCUGUUCGCCGAUAAACCUUGGCUUAACUCCACCAACGAAACUUCCAUCUUACUUAACUACCUUAUCUGUGGUGACGCACAGGUAUGCCUUUAUAAUGGCUAGAUUCAAUGCUUUCCCAUCAAACGUGUUGGGUAACAGACUCUCCAACGGACAGAUCUCACUCCUCUGUGACUGUAAAAGCGGAUCUAUAGAAUCGUUAUAUCAUAUAAUCUUCUGUUGUCCAUUACAUUCGGCUUCACGGUCCAAGUUUCUGGCCCCAUAUUUAUCGAGAAUUGCUGACAGUCCUCAGGAAGCCCAAAUAAUAUACUUAUUAAACGACGAAGAUACAAGUAGAUCCCUUGCAAUCGCUAGAUACCUGAUUAAUGUUUUAUUUCAAAAGAGGAGAAACGGAUCACUGUAUGUUUCUGACAGCUUAGCUAAACUUAAGAACCAUCAAUAAGUGCCAGAACUAAGACGUAUACCCCCAAAAUCUGAUGGAUCGGAAUUGCGGUUUACAUAGAGGGAGCUUAUUGUGUAUAGUGUUUACUAAUCAAAGUGUUUAUAAGGGUGUUCAAAUCACUGUAUUGCCUAUGGAUAAAUCUGAUACAUGGGGUUACACAAAUCUAAUCAUCUAAAAAUCUACCUGAUGUUAACUUCCCAUUUACAAAGUGAUCAGAAACUGAAAUGUGUGCUGUAAAUGUAAUGCACAUAUGAUGAAUCAACACAUCUGCUUGCAUUUUUGGAGUCUUCUUAGGGGGGUUGGUAAGAACUCUGCUUGGAAGUGUGGCUAUAGAGGCUCAUUAUGAGCUUCUGAAUUUCAGAAUGUAAAACUCCUCAUCUCAUCUCAGAUGUGUCCAGAGAUAGAAAGGGUACAGAAACUGGUGAGUAGGAGGUUCUAUAUGAGGGCAAUGUCAGGAAUACAUCCCGUCAAAUGAUUUUUCCAAAGUUCCCAAGGCUAUUCCCCCAUGUUUUAUUAAGAAGUUUACAUGAAUGCUGAUAAUUAACAAUCGGCUUUCUACACUUCCAACAUAAAAUGUUUUUCUUAUGACAUGGUUGCCACAGCGAACCCAAAGUACAUUGACUUCUUCUGUGUUUGUGGCUUGUAUAAAGCAGCACCCAUGUUGCUUGAGAUGAUUUUAUCCAUGCCCAGGAACAUCCUAUACAACAAGCAUAAUGUGUGAAGCAGGACUUAGGCUGCAAUCUCCACUUACCUGGGAGUAGACCCGUUGAAUUCUUUGGGCUUAUUCUUGUGUAGACACCAUUAGAAUCACACUGUAAGUAUGUCUUUUAACACAUUGUGGUGGCUAGUAAUACUGCUGGGAACACUUCUUUGUUACAAAGGACCAGAAAAAGAAUACUGUGAGGCAACAAGAAUAAACAGUUCCAGUCAAUAUUGCAUUUCCCUUUUCACUCUCUAACGACAGCUGUGUUAAUUUCUUUUCUGUUUCCCCUGUGGUUUCACAAGGAAAUGAAGAAACAAUACAAAUCAAUGUUCGUCAGACUGAAGAUUAUCCAGUUGACCUCUACUACCUCAUGGAUCUUUCAGCUUCCAUGCAUGAUGAUCUGGAAACCAUUAAGGAACUGGGUUCUACCUUGUCAAAAGAAAUGUCUAAACUGACAAGUAACUUUCAGCUGGGUUUUGGGUCUUUUGUAGAAAAACCAGUUUCACCAUUCAUUAACACCGUGCCAGAAGAAAUCAAGAAUCCUUGCCAGUGAGUAGCAAAAACAUCUAGUUCAAAUACAUUUUAGAUCAGAUUUCUGUCCUUUUCAGGGGUAGAAUUUAGUUUGGGUCUAGGGGGCAGGGUAGCCAGUUACCUUCAUUUUCAAGGGGGCUCCAGUCUCUUUAGUUGCUAUUUUCUUGGGGUAUCAGUAUUUCACCUUUUACUUGUGUUACAUGAAUUGAAAACAAUAGAAAUGUGGGCAGAGCAAUCUAAAAGUGUGGGAGGAAGGAGAACCAAAGGCAGAUGAACCAUCUUUUCCUAUACCCUUAGCCAAAGGCUGCUGAGGUUUCCAUGGUGGUGAGCAAUGUCUCCACAGGUAAGUCUCUGUCUCUAACCUUGGAGAGACAGUCUCUGAAACAUCCUGUAGUUUCUUGGGGGCCUUCCCAAGGACCUUUGGAUUGGCACCUGAAAAAAUUAUCUUUCAGAUUACUUUUUAUUUUUUAAUUUUAAUCAAACAAUUAUACAUGAAUGUGUAUUUGUGUGUAGACAGACAGACAGACAGACAGACAGACAGAACAAAAGUAGAUGUUGUGAGCCCUUAUGUUUGCCAAUAGACUUAUACUUCAAUCCUAGAAGGAUAAAUACCCACUGUCCAUUGCAUAGUGAUUUGAGGACCUUACCACCUUUGUUACAUUUGAACAUAUUUUUAUGAAUGCCAAUUUCAUGUGGAUACCUAUUUGGGCAUCUGGAGGACUUUUAUCAUACUGUUUGUUUAAUUUUAGAAGGAAGAACUAGUGGCUAUUUUGUUCUCAAUGUGAGGUGACAGUGUGCAUAUUUUUUCAGCCAUUUUCUAAUCUAUCUUUUUAUUUGUUAAAUAUGACACUUAAAAGAAUAAAAUAAAAAUAAAACUAGACAGACAGACAGACACAUUAGGAUAUAGGAAGGCACCAUUUUGCGUUCCUCCCUGUAUUCAUCACAUGCAGCACUGUUUCCAUUACCCUGUAGAUCAGCUUCUGCCAAAAAUCAUGUUAUUUGUCUUGCUGCCCGCUCUAGCAAAAUUUUGUAACUUAGGUAUUUAUUUAAUUGAUUAUGGUUUGUGUUCAACAGAUUGUUCCAUCAGUGCAAAAAUUUCUGCUAGCCUGAUAGAACUAUCUUCUCUCUCCUCCCCACCCCCUACACUAUUCUGAGUGUUCUCAUGAUCCUCUAGAACAGAUUUGGGAAGGGCAUGGAGGCUCAUAGGAAGAGCAGAGGUGUGGGGAAGUCCCGUUACACUCGCAAGAAUUAGGACCACAAUACCUCAAGGACCUCCUCUCCCCCAUAUAAACUGACUCAAACUCUGCAUUCAUCAUCUGAGGCCCUUCUUGGUGUGUCUCCUCCACAUGAGGCCCAGAGGGUGGCAACAUGAGAACAGGCCUUCUCUGUUGUGGCUCCCUGAUUGUGGAAUGCUCUUCCUAGGGAGGUUCGCCUGGUGCCUUUAGUGUCUAUUUUUAGGUGCCAGAUGGAAACAUUCUUCUUCAACUAGGCCUUGGGCUAAUUCAUAUUCUAGAGCCUUUAAAAUGUGUCUGUGGGAAGGGUGGGUAUUGUUUCGCUGUUUUGUUUUUAAUUAUUUGCUUGUUUUUAUCUUAUAUUUUAUUCUGUGAACCACCCUGAAAUCUUAUGAUGAAGGGAGGUAUAUAAAUCUACUAAAUCAUCAUCAUCUUUAUACUGGCUUCUGCUUGUGCAGUGCCUUAAAUGAAUAUAGCCAAAUGUAACUAUUAUGUUAUUCCACCCCAUUCAUUUUAGUGCAGAGCAAAAGCAAUGAAAACAACAUAAUCUUAUAUGUAUUAUUCACAGUCUGAAAGUAACAACAGUGAAUACUGAUCAUAUUCACUGCAUUAAUCUCCGUUCCAGACAUGGGAUGAAUAAGUGAAGGCCUGCAAUUUCUGCAGCCAUUUCCAUUUUUGUUGGGAAUCUGGGUGAUUUGAUGCAAUGUGUUGGUUGUCUCACAUCAUCUGUGUGUUGCCUCCUUCUUCUUGAGUUAGACUUUUACCCCUUGUCUCUCCAGAAGCAAUUCCACUGAUACCAACUACAUUUUCUGCUUUUAACACAGCCUAGUAGAUUUGUUUCACUGCUUUAAUAGUUUUGACCCCUUUCUCCCUGCUGUUUGGAAUCUGUCCUUACCUGGAUUUGGUACAAUCUGGUUUAGAUGUUAAUUCUUGAACAUUUUUGAGCUUAUUUUGCCUCAGUUGGAGGUAGUGAUCAUUUUUAUAACAUUAGUUGUGAAUUAUGAGAGCUUUUACAAAUUAUAAGGCUAGAGGGAAUGUUUUGGGCUGAUGGAUAAUUGAUGUGUUGGUCUGGAACAGAUGAAUUUAAAUCCCACUGCAGUUGUAGAGUACUGAGACUCUGUAGUAGUCAAGUCCUGUGAAGUCUCUGUAGCACCCUGCUUUAUGGGAUCAUUAUACAUUUCACAUCUGAUCAAAUAAACACCGUAAGAACAUUUAAAAGAUCCGUUUUUGUCAUAUAGCUAGGGUGUAGAAGCUGAAAGUAUCUUUACAAAGACUACAAGCCGCCUUUAAGCUAUUACUGAGUGUAUGCUAAUCUACAAGCAUUUGUGGGUAAAUAAAGUUACACAGUAGAACAUUGUCAAUAGCAAAGUGCCAUGCUGUAUGUUUCAUUAAUAAGAAUUUUCAUGUGAUCUGCUGCAUUGUGUGUCUGUAUCUACAGAAGUGUCCCACAUGACUGCUCUCCAACAUUUGGAUACAAGCACAUUCUGUCAUUGACAAAUGAUGCUGAAAGGUUCAAUGAAAUUGUGAAAGAACAGAAAAUCAGUGCUAAUAUAGAUACUCCAGAGGGAGGAUUUGAUGCAAUUAUGCAGGCAGCUGUGUGUAAGGUAAGGAAAUCUAAAUCAAAACUCUUUAGGUAAGUUCUGUUGCUGUGUUCACCAUAGUAAACCACUUCCCACAGAGUCCACGUUUAUCUAACAUGAGCGGGACUGAAAUCUUAACUUCCAUUUUAUAAACGCUGAUGAAUCCAAGGUGCCAGGAAAGUCUUCUCAGCAGCAUCUGGUAGCAGAUGGUACCAUCAAGAGGGCCUCUGAUGCUGACUGUACUGUAAGGCCUGAGAUGGUUAGUAUUGGGGAGAAGACCUUUUGGGUAUUUGGGUCCCAAGCUGUUUAGGAUUCCACAUGCUAGUACUAGGGAUGGAGAAGAAAUUUGAUUCAGUUUGCAUUUAAAGGAGAAACUGCAAAUUUUGUACUUUCCGAAACAAUAUGUGAACUGAAACACAGCCAUCCUUCAAAAUUUCCACUUCUCUGAAUUUUGCAGUUCUCCACUCAAGUAAUGUGUACAAAAAUGCCAAUACUAGGGUAAAGUGUGCAUAUAAGUGCAUAUAUUAAUGCAGAUAGCAUUCAAAAUGCAUCAUAUUAGGCAAGAUUGAUUUGCAAAAAUGUGUGUAUUGGAAGAAAUUCGCACUAUGAUUCCAAUGAAUUUUCAUGAGGACAUUAAAACAACACCACCACAGUUUCUGUAGAAAGCUUACUAGGAAAAAAAGAAACAAAAUUGACAGAUUUGCCCAUCCCAGCUAGUACUAACCCUCUGAAAUGGGCCUGAUAGCUUGCCAGCAACCAGCACAGUACAUUCAGGACUGGUCAUACAUGAUCCCAUUGGGCUGCCCCACACCACUCACUUAUCUGGCAGCUGCAUUCUGCACUAGCUGCAGCUUAAGGGCAGCCCCACAUAGUCCAUUGGCAUAGUCCAGAUGGAAAGACACUAGAGCAUGGACUGUUAUGGUUUUUAUCACUGAAGCAAGACAAUGAUAUAGAAGUACUGUACUCAUACAUUACCAAUGUAUCUGCUACCAUAAUCUGUUUACAUUUUUGUUGCAGGAAAAAAUUGGGUGGAGGAACGACUCAUUGCAUCUGUUGGUUUUUGUGAGUGAUGCCGAUUCCCAUUUUGGGAUGGAUAGCAAACUGGCAGGAAUUGUAAUUCCAAAUGAUGGAGAAUGCCACUUGGAUCAUAAUAAUGAGUAUUCCAUGUCAACUGUUUUGGUAAUAUGCUUCAAGUUUUACACUUUACUCUUCUAGAAAUUAAUUGUAUGUGCAAUGUGCACAUUCACAGAAAACAAAUGAAAGGACUACUGGGGCCAUUCCCAACUCAAUUUGAAUAACGCUAUCGGAGAUACUAGAUCAUAGAAUGCCGGGGGGAGGGGCAGGAAUCCACCUGAGAACUAAAACAUUUAUUAUUUUAUUUUAUGUUAUUUGCCUGCCUGCCUGCCUGCCUGCCUGUUAUCCCACCUCUCUACUGUUGUGGAAUCUAAGGCAGCAUGCAUGUGAUCACCCAUCCAGACACUGACCAGACCCAGUCCUACUUAACUUCAGGAAGGUGGUGGUCUCACCUGACUUCAGACUAUACCAUGGAACACACAUUCCUUUUCAGGAGUGUGGAAAGCAACCACCUCUCUUCACAUCAGUGUAUCAGUCCUUUUUUAAAUACACAGAGCCCUGGAUUUCUUUGGUAAAUGGCACUGCAUAAUCCCAGUAGGGCAGCUCUGUAGCAACUCAUAUAAUAAGAUGUACUACUUGAGUUUUGAGUUGUCACCUGUUUUAUUACAGGCAUGGUUCCUUUAGUGUUUUUUUUAUUAGGACUUCAACACAAAGACAUUUUUAACAGGUGAAGUUUUUGUUUUGUUUUUUAAUGCCUGGAGAUACGUGUUCGGCAACACAUCACUGGAUAAAUUAGCAUGUGUUGGCCUGGUAUUGAAGAGCCAUGUGCAGGACUGUAAAAUAUAACAAAUGCAACUUUUCACCAGAGGCAUGUAUUAAGGAUAUACAUAGGUCCAACUAAUCCAGAGAUGAGCACACAGAGGCCUCAGUUUCUAGACUCUUCUGUGUUACCAUCUUCUUUUGAUAAGCCAAGAGACAGCAAAGCCAUGUUUUUGAUUUAAAGUUUAACUUUUGCUUGAUUUAUUUUUCUUUAUGUUUGUCUUUAGGAAUAUCCAAGUUUGGGACAAUUAAUAGACAAGAUUGUGCAGAACAACAUUUUAUUAAUUUUUGCAGUGACAAAGGAACAGGUUCCUCUGUAUAAGGUAAGAGACAUAUUUCUUACUUGAUCCUCCUUUUCAUGUGUGUUAAGAUGGCACAUCAGUACAAAAAGCACUGUAAAGCUUCCAACAUCCUCUAAUUAAGGAUCCUAAUCUCUUUUAUAGUAGCAUAGAUUCAGCACACAUAGGCACUUAGUCUAAUUCGACACUAAAAAUAUGGAAGCAAGACUUAUUUAGCAGAAGAACUGCAUGCUCUACAAGACACAAAAAAUAGAGGUAGUGUUUUUAAGAAGAGGGGAACAAAAAUGCCAUAGAAAGUAUAACAAUAGAAUAGGGGUUCAUACAUUAUAAAACUUGGUAUAAUGUUCCCAAUGAACAGAGGAAGUCACUUGAGAACUCUGAUACAAGGAUAAAACUGAUGAAGAGAUUCUGAAACGUGAUGCUUUUUAUAACAAGAGUGGUAGCCCACUCAGAUAGUGAGGGAUGUAGCAUUCCAAAGGAAAAUGGAAUUUUGCAGUCAUUGAGAGGUGGUUAGUGUUUCAGGAUGAAAUAAUACUGCAGAGACUGAACGGAAGCCAGAGACUCCUUAUCUAAAAACAUAUCCACUCAAUAUUUUCCCUUCAGUUCUGAAAGUCCUGUGUUCUCCUGGAUAUAAUGCUCAGCCCAUGCAGUGAAUGCUUUCUGAACAACACAGUCCAGACCACAUUUCUGUUCCAUAAUAAUGUCAUGUGUGGCUUAGAAGGCUUCCCCUUGUCUCACAGCACUAAUAUCCCUGUACCAAAGACAUUAUACCUCCUGUUGCAGAUUAUGUACCAUAUUUUAUUUUAUCCCUCCCUCCCACAAACACAUUUAAAAGACUGUAAAAUAUUAAUCAGCCAAAGGCCUGGUUGAAGAGGAAUGUUGUCGCCUGGUGCCUAAAAAUAUAUAAUGAAGGCACCAGGCGAACCUCCCUGGGAGGAGAGCAUUCCACAAAUGGGGAGCCACUACAGAAAAGGCCCAUUCUCAUAUUGCCACCCUCUGGAUCUCACGUGGAGGAGGCACAAGAAGAUACAUUUAUAUUAUUUAUAUAAUGACAUUUUAAUGUGUGUGAGAGAGGGAGAAUAUGUGUGUGCAUGCCAAUGGUGGGUGUGCACACACUUGUGUACACACAGCCCCUUUUCUCAGUUAACCUGUGCAGAUCACCUGAGGAGAGGCAUUCUGAAUGAUCUGAUGACUGAGGAGGGGAGGGAAGAAGAGGAGAGGCCAGGUCUGUCCCUCAAACCGGGUGCAAGUCUCUCCUGCCUUAGAGGAAAUAGGCUCCUGAAACUUUGAGCUUGAAUGCUCCUCGCUUCUGUGCAACCUGGAGAAGGAGAUUGUAAGUACAGUGGUACCUCAGGUUAAGUACUUAAUUCGUUCCGGAGGUCCGUACUUAACCUGAAACUGUUCUUAACCUGAAGCACCACUUUAGCUAAUUGGGCCUCCUGCUGCCGCCGCACCGCCAGAGCACAAUUUCUGCUGUCAUCCUGAAGCAAAGUUCUUAACCCGAGGUACUAUUUCUGGGUUAGAGGAGUCUGUAACCUGAAACGUAUGUAACCUGAAGCAUAUGUAACCCGAGGUACCACUGUAUCUGCUUCUUGAUUCAAACUAUGAGAUGUUGUUUCCAAAUCACAAACUGUAGUUAAACUAUGGAUUACUGGAGUCACAAGAUCAAACCAUGGUUUCUGAUCCUGGCUUGUUUCAAUAAACCAUAAGCAUAAUGACAAACUUGUUACUUUAAACCAGGAGACAAAUGACUCCAGUCGCCUCAAAGUUGCAGGUUAUUGAGCCUGAGCUUGUGCAGCUGAGAGGCUUCAGGAAGUAGUGCUAAGUGCUGCUCCACCAACAGAGACAGAAGUGCACUGUGGAGAGCCAACACUUUCUUAGCUGGAAGCCCCCAGACACACUGAAGGAAAGCUCCACUAGUGGGGUGGGUGAAAAUGAGAUGUGUUGUGGGCAGGCAUAAAGAUGCCGUAUCCAAAGCAUCGUAAUUUCCCCAGCACACCUGCAUUAAAGGUAGGAUUCUUAUGUCAAUCCAAGGGCUGGUGUAGAAUCAUAGAACUGUAGAGUUGGAAGGGACCACAAGAGUCAUCUGGGCCAACGCCCUGCAAUGUAGGAAUCUUUUUGCCCAGUAUGGGGCUCAAACCCAUGACCCUGAGAUUAAGAGUCCUAUACUCUACUGACUGAGCUAUCCCAGUGGGUAAUUAAAGCGGCCCCCAAAACCUCCCCUGCCCACAGUGAAACGACAUAGCAAUAGCUUUGGUGGUUGUUCCACCAUCAAAUCUAACCUGGCACCCCAUGCCCACUGCUAGUGCCCCUAUGCCCAUGCCUAUUCUUUGUCCCAGCAACCCAUAUAUGAAUAGUAGGGUUGCCCUGUAAGAAACUGAACUCUGCAAUUCGUGUAUCAUUAGAAUUAAGAUUUCUUGCUGAACAAGGGACUCAUUAUUUAGUUAGACACAAUCGCCGGUGCAGUUUGACCCUAGAUGUCACUCCAUAUGUGGAGAUACACAAUGGAAGCCCUCACUGUAUCUAUGUGAACAGAUUUGGACCACCAUGUAUGAAUACAAACAGGAAUGUCUACCUCCAAAAGCUCAGUUUCCAGCAAGUGUCAGUCAAUUAGUAUUGCGCACAGACAAGAUUUCCAUACAUAUAAAGAAGGGCAUCUUUAGAGAGAAUGCUGGUGUAAGCUGCAGCCCUCUUCUUAUACAAAUCUCCUGUAUAAAUAGACUGGAAUACAAGUAAAAGCCCCCAAGAUUAGAUCUAACAGCUUGAAAUAAAUGGCAUCACAAAUAGAGGGUUAUGUUUUCUGUGGAAUGACUGAGAGUGGUGUUAUGCUACAGUUAACAGAAAUCCUUUUCAUUUGUUUGCAUUAAAAUAUAUACUAUUUAGAUAGGUAGAUAGAUACUAUAAAAUUAGUAUUUUUAAAAUAUGUAUAUGAAAACUAUAAACAUGUUCUCAGAGGGGUUUAUAGCUAUAUAGUAAAAACAAAUCAGAAAUGCAAAUAUAAAUCCAUAAAACCACCAAGAACAUUUUUAAAAUGCACAGCCCAGGAAAAAUUAUUUUAAAGUAGGAACAGAUUUAAAGGUCUAGGACAGUUAUUAAAAAGAAAAAGAAUGAAGUAUUUUAAUAGUGCCAAAAUUGCAUCAAGGUAGGCACCAGACAAGCCUUUCUGGAGAGAAUGUUACAUAACCAAGGAGCCACCACUAAAAAGAUCCUUUGUCCAAUAGCACCUCACCUGAAGAAGCAGCCUCAGAAGAAGAUCUUAAGGUCUGGAUAUGUGCAUAUGGAAACAAGUGAUCCUAGAAGUACCCUGUUCCCAAGUCGUGAAUACAGUCAUGCCUCGGGUUGAAUGCGCUUCGGGUUGAGCGCGUUCGGGUUGUGCUCCACGGCAACCUGGAAGUAACGGAGCACGUUACUUCCAGGUUUCGCUGCUUGCGCAAGAGCAGACGCUCAAAAUGACGUCACGCGCAUGCGCAGAAGCAGCGAAAAGUGACACGCAUGUGCGCAGACGUGCCAUCGCUAGUUACAUUUGCUUCUGGAUGCGAACAGAGCUCCGGAACGGAUCCCGUUCGUAUCCAGAGGUACCAUUGUAGCCUUAAAGGUCAAAACCCUGAGCCUGAAUUGAUUUGGAAACACAGUGAGCCAGUGAGCUGGCAAACAGCGAUUAAUAUGCUCAUAUCCCCCUUCCCUCCCCAAGCCCAAUUAGUAAUCUUGUAGCUAUGUUCUGAAUGAAAUGAAGUUUCUGGACCACCCUCAAAAGCAGUCCCAUCUAACCCACAUUGCAGUAGUCCACAUAUAAUUAUUACAACUUCCACUUAUCCAACAUAACAGGGCUUGAAUCUAUCAUUAAUUCAUCCUGGAAGUUCUGUUCUGUCAUUUAAAUCAAAAGCAUUGCAUUCCAGGCAUGUUACAAACUUGUUCAAAUCAGCUCUAUUUAUUUAUACACUUAGAUUCAGUUAUCCUGUUUCACUGUUCUCCAGUUGUGUAUUGGGGUGUGCUAGUUUAAAAAUCUACUGGUAAUUACAGCUUCCUGAAUUCACUGUGCUUGCUCACACUCUAAUUAUUUACCUGCUCAUUGCUUCAGUUGUGUGAGUGGCAUGAUUCCUCCCCCCCCCCCCCGCUUUCUUUUUGCUCUAUGUAGGUUGGUUAUUCAAGUUGUACUGUAUCCUCUUACUGUUACUGAGUUGCUUUUAGACAUUAUGUUCUUUGUUGUGUUUUAGUUGAAAAUGUCAUUCAGCAACAAUGUGUACUCUGUUUUAAAGAGAAAUAACAAAUACCAGCGGUAUAUUCUGAGACUGGUAAUUAUCUGGAGUGACAUAUACCUAUAUUGGCCAAGAUGUAAAGAGAUACAGCCUGAUCCUAUGUAUGCUUAUUCAGAAAUAAUUUCAUUUAGAGCUGAGAUUGCAGUUUUAGAUAUGUCCAAGGGGAUGCAUGUUCCAAAAGACACUUUGUGUUUUACUCCUUAAACCCUGGGUCUGUCUAAUAUAUCGUGCUCUGCUUUUGAAGUUCCCCUCAAUUUCAAAAGUGAAUUCCCAGAUGCAACUAGUGGGGCCCCUGUUCAAAGAAAAAAAAUUACCAUCUCCUAGGCAGGUGAAAUUAGUUGUGCAUUUCUUUGGAUCCUGGACACUAGAGUCACACAUAAUAGCUGUGUUUGAACAUAAGGCUAAGCCAUGGUUUCUUUAAAAUGUGGUUUGUUCUAUUAAUCACAGGUGGUCUCACAGAAAAGCAAAUAAGCCAUUACAGUCAUAUAUCGGAAGUUGAACGGAAUCCAUUCUGGAAGUCCGUUCGACUUCCAAAACAUUUGGAAACCAAGGCUAGGCUUCCAAUUGGCUGCAGGAAGCGCCUGCAUCCAAUUGGAAGCCAUGGAAGCUGUGUUGGACGUUCAGGUUCCAAAGAAUGUUCGCAAACCGGAACAUUCACUUCCGGGUUUGCGGCAUUCAGGAGCCAAAAUGUUUGACUUGCAAGGCGUUCGACUUCCGAGGUACGACUGUAUUUGUUUCUCCAAAGCUUGGUUUGUGUUCUUAGUGCUGCUGCCUUAUUUAUGCCUCUGUAGUUUGGCAAGUAGCCAAGGUGGGGUGGCCAAACCGUGGUUAAACAAGUUUAUAGAGUUUGGAUACAAUAGCAAAAGAUUGUCUUUAAAAGACAUGAUUCAUAUGGUGAUUAGUUGCCAUAAAGCAAACCACAUUUAAUCAGCUGGGUUCAGUUUGGACAUCCAAACAAGCCACACUUUGGCUAAACAAAUCAUGGUUUUGUGUUAUGGGUGAACCAGGAUGUAGCAACAAAAAUAUUAAAAACAGGCCUAUUAUAAAAUGAUUCUUUUUCCACUUGUCCCAUUUUCUUAAAUAGCUUUGACUAUAUUCCAAUAUUAUUUCUUCCAGUAAUGGAUUUCUAUUCAGUGAGAUUGCACUGAUGGAAAUAAAGUGAUCCCUAAUGAGUUAUGUCAUGCUGUAGUUUGGCAAUGUGCCAGGAAAAGACUGCACUAUUUCAGAGUCUGACUUCACAAUUUCUCACUUACAAUCUAUGAACUGUCUUUUUUUUCUGAAAUGCAAUGCCAAUAUACUCUAAGAAUCAUCUUCCAGAGUACUUGGGCACAAGUAUUUGUCAUGUGCAACUGCCUGCUAGAAUGUGAAAUAUAGUUAAUCCUGCUGACUUUUCACUGUAAACGUAAGGCAUGAGAUAUUUCCAUUGCAUUGCUAAAAUGUUAUGGUACGUCAGCAGGAUCAUAAUGCUGUCAGCAGUACAGAGCACAAGAGAAGUAUGAAGAAAUCAAAUGGUCAGAGUUUAUAGAUACAUUUAGGGCAGCUUUACACAUGACACUACACAGAUGCUUUCUGCAUUUCCUGUCCAGUAGUACCUCAGGUUACAUACACUUCAGGUUACAUAUGCUUCAGGUUACAGACUCCGCUAACCCAGAAAUAGUACCUCGGGUUAAGAACUUUGCUUCAGAAUGAGAACAGAAAUCAUGCUCCGCUGGCGUGGAGCAGCGGGAGGCCCCAUUAGCUAAAGUGGUGCUUCAGGUUAAGAACAGUUUCAGGUUAAGAACAGACCUCCGGAACGAAUUAAGUACUUAACCCGAGGUAUCACUAUAUCUGUAAUGUGCAGAUGUACAGUAAAUCCUAUAAUGGCCAACAUACACUCUGGACUUUAAAAAGAAAAAGCUCUUCUCCUUAUUUUGUCUCACAUCCUUGCAACGCCAAGCACUUUCUCCAGCAUCAGCACCCAACUAAGGAGAGAAGGAUGGUGGCGGCGGGGUGGAGAGAAAAUACUGCAGAGUGGUAACCCAUGGAUGGAGAAUCCUACAUUAUACUUGCCUUUUGCUUUAACCUGUAAAUUGAUAAUCCUAUUGAAACAUAUAAGACAAUAUCCCACUUAUGCUCACACAACACAGCUUCCUCUCCUCCCCAUCCAGUUUUCUGCAGACACACACACUCAUACCAAUCUGCUCCUGAAAGUUUGGAGCAGAUUCUGGGGUUUUACAGGAAACUGGAGGGAGGAAAGGGGAAGUCAAAAGAGGUUUCAUGAAAAGCAUUCAAGAAACAUGUUUGUUUUCACCAGUUAUAGAUUACCUUAUUAUAAUUUUUGUGGUCAUAAUUGUGUUUUGCAGAACUAUGCUAAUCUUAUUCCUGGAGCUACGGUUGGAAAACUCCAGAUGGAUUCUGGAAAUGUUCUCCAGUUGAUCAUUGAUGCAUAUAAGGUAUGAAUAUAUAUGAAUACAUAUCAGGAAUAAUAAUAAUGGUAGUAGUAGUAGUAGUUCUGAAUGCUGGUGGAAACUUAGUGAUUUAGUGCAAAUAAAAAUUUGGUCACACUCUUUUUUUGGUGUGUGAAACAUUUGUUAUGCACAGAUGUCAAAUAAAGAAACCACACAGAGAAAAGUUCCAGAAUCAAAAAAGAUGUAAUAGAAAAAUGCAAGAAUUAUAUUAUUGAUGAACAGUUUGCCUUGCUUUAGCUAUGUGAUUAUUAUGCCCCCUACUGCCACCCAAGACUUCUUAAGAAGUAGAAUGCAGUCAGUAAAUUAUGGUUUUGACAAUAUUUGUCAAAUAUAUAAGCUCCUAUUUGGCUGAUGCCCCCAAUGCUCUCAAAGCAGUGUACAAUAAAGUAAUUAAAACACAGUAAUUGUUUUAAUUGUUUUAGGGUGUGUGUUUUAAUGGUGUAGCUUUCCCUAUGUUUCUGUCCACAUUUAGCCAGUGAGAAUGAUAAAACUGGAAAAACGUAUAUUGCAAACAGUCAGUCAUUUGCUUAGAUUAUAGGCACAGUUCAUAGCUCCAUCUAUAAGCAUGUGCUUUCGCUUACUAUUCCUUAUUCAGCUGCUUGCAACUUUGAAUAAUCUUAUUUCAUUUCAUAUUCCAUACUUACCUGGGAAAUGGAAAGUUCCAGGCAUGAGAUCACUUUCCUUUGGAGCAGAAAGUACUUGUGGUGUUUUUCGUAAUACCCAUUAUGUACAGAUGUAUAACAAAACAAGUAGAGGUGUGCAUGGCAACCGAUAUGAGUGACAGGAAUGUAGGAAUCCGCCUUAUACCAAGUCAAACCAUUGUUUCAUCUAGCUCAGUAUUGUUGACACUUACUGUCAGUGGCUCUUGAAGGGUUCAGGCAAGAGUCUCCCCUAGCCCUACCCUACCUGCACAUGCCAGGAAAUGGACCUAAUACAAAUUAGGAGCUUCAUUCCUUGCCCUAAAAUACAGCCUUAAAACUUAAUUCCUACCAAGUAAGAAACCCAUGUACCUCCAACCAAAAAGCCUUUAAAAUAAGAAACAAGUAUUUUUAAUCUUUUCUCCAUCCCUGACAGAAGAGUGUAACAAUUUUUAGAAGCCUAGGCAGGGGUCAGCAAACUGUUUCAGCAGGGGGCCGGUCCAUUGUCCCUCAGACCUUGUGUGGGGCCGGACUGUAUUUUGAAAAACAACAACAAAAAAUAAAUUCCUAUACCCCACAAAUAACCCAGAGAUGCUUCUCGUGUAAAAACACCAGGCAAGCCCCGCAAAUAACCCAGAGAUGCAUUUUAAAUAACAUGACACAUUCUACUCAUGUAAAAACAUGCUGAUUCCCGGACCAUCCACAGGCCAGAUUUAGAAGGUGAUUGGGCCGGAUCCGGCUCCCGGGCCUUAGUUUGCCAUCCCAUGGCCUAGAGUAUGUAAAUGUGAUUUUAGGAAUCACUACUUUGAAUGAUCAGACCACACCAACUCUGCUGUGAGAAAAUACUUACAUAGGAUUCUGUUCAUAAAGGUAUAUAAACCAUUAUUUCUAUACCAGAUCUGUUUUAUAAAACUAAAAUAAAGUAGAAAAUUUGCAACUGUGGUUAGAAGUGGGUUUGCAAACUGUAGUUUGGUUUAACUAUAGUUAGUGAAAAUGCUGAUGCUGGUGUAAUACCAAAUAUCAGGGAUGGCAACCUGAAUAAAAUGUUAUGGGGCAGGUAAGCCCCACCCACAUAACUGAUCACAUGACAUGGCACACACACACAAUUUAGGGUGGCCAUAGGGAACUCGGUCCCUAGGAGUUGGCUCCUAUGCCAAUCAUAGUGUUAAUGGAAAAGGCAAUGGUACCAUAAGAAGGAAGGAGGACGAUACUGUGUGAACCCAUGGGGUGCUUGCUCUUGAUUGCCUGACUGUGCGGUGCUUCCAUCACAACAGGAUAAUAUAUUUAAUUUUACUUCACUGCCAAAUGUAAUUCUCACUAUAAAAAUAUUGGCGCUCUUUCCCCUGCCCCCAUUCUGCCACCCCAUGUCACCAGCAGUACUAUGUAAUUCAGUAAUGUAUUUGUCCCAAGAAAAAUAACUUCACCAUUCCGCCUCAGUGUGCUCAUAAGGGGGGGGGGGGAGGAAUCAUAAUUCUCAUUUGCCCUCAGAAGGAUAAUCAUGCUGAAGUUUCUUGAGUCCUUGGAUUUCUGCCACAAUUUUAAAGUGGAAAGCUCUAAGUUAUUAUUAUUCACAGAUGUGUUGGCUUUUAAAUUCUUCAGAGGAAGUGAGCAUAUGAGAGAGCUGUCAAAAUAUUUGUUGUAAGACGUUCUCCUAUUCCCUUCCAACGUAAGUCACAGCCUCCAGCGAGCAUGUCAGUACGUGCCUUGAGAGGUUAAAAACUGCAAAAAAAAAUAUCUGAAGUGAUGUUUUGUGUCUUCAAAGCAGACAUUUUAGUCAAAGUCUAUGUGGAGUAAAGACUGGCGCUGGAACACAAAGUUAUUAAAUAAGACCACACGGAAACCUCUUUACCAGCAGUUGACUCUCUUUAGCAGUUAAUAUAUAUAAGACUGAAGAGAAGUAAGUUAAACUGCAAACACAGGUUUUGCAUAUUUCAGCUAUAAAAUGAAAUGUUGCAAGACUCGCUGAGCAACAUUUUCCUAUUGCAUGCUUGCUCAUGUAUCUUAGAAACCUUCAAGGCUUUCACCUGAGGGUCACUAAGAUCAUUCAGGCAUAAUUCAUUUAAAUUCAACCUAGUGUUCAUCCAUUGUCUUUUCUCACCAAAUAAAUUACAUUUGGAAGUUAACUUUGCCUACUCUGAAUGUUUGCAAUGUGACCAGGGCUAGAAGAAAAUUCUUUAUAAAGAUAAAGGUAAAGGCAUAACAGAUCAGCCUGCGAUUAGAAUCACCCAGAUUUCAGACACUGAAAAAAUUGUAUUAUCAAUCUUUAUUUCAUAGAAUCAUAGAAUUGCUGAGUUGAAAGGGACCCUAAGGGUCAUCUACUCCAGCUCCCUGCAAUGCAGGAAUCUGCUAAAGCACCCAUGACAGAUGGACAUCCAACCUCUGCUUAAAAACCUCCAAGGAAGAGAGUCCACAACCUCCCAGAGAGACUGUUCUACUGUCAAACAACUCUUAUUGUCAGAAGGUUUUUCCUAACGUUUAGUCAGAAUCUCCUUUCUUGUAACUUGAAGCCAUUGGUUUGAGUCCUACCCUACAGAGCAUUUCUCAAGUGAAAGAUGCCAUUGCACACCUCAAGCUAUUUUCACAAUCAGUUACUCUUUCAGACUAAAUUAAUAGAUAUCCUCCUACCUAAUCCAAAGCUCUUUUCAGUCAUUCAUUCAUACAGAAGCAAUAGACAGGGGAUUCAUCACCCGCAACCUACCCAUUUUCCUGCAAAUGUCUGUAAGGGGAUGAGGGUACCAAUCAGAAAAUUGGUUCAGACUUUGAUUUUGUACUUCUGAAAAUAACCCAGUCCCAAGCACUUUGAGGCUGCCCAGUUUCAUUCAGGCCCAAAUUUGAACCCUAUUUAGAAAAAUAAAACUUCAUGCCUACCCCGUUCACUAAUAAUUUUUACAAGGCAACUGAAAACAUUUCUUUUUACAAGCAUUUGGGUGAGCACUGUAGGUUGCUUGAGUUUAUUUUAAAUUGCAGCUGAAAUAUCUUAGUUGCAAAGUUGUUUUUAUUGGCAUUUUGAUUUUCGAUGUUUUUUAGACGUGUUGUGCACUGCCCUGAGAUCCUCUGGGACAAAAGGCAGUCUAGGAAAAAAAUGGUACAUAAAUAAUUAAAAACAUAAUACAGCAUAAAAACAUGAGUGAGAGAGAUUAAAACCAUCUUAAAACUUAAAUGGGUUUUAAUUCGUUUCUGAAGUUUUUUUAUUAAAUUUUCCAAAAUUUCACACAUAAAUUUCAAUACAUAACAAAAACUUUUUUUUUACUUCACACCCCUUUUCUCAUUGUGUUUCUGUUUCUCUCCCUCUGCUGCACACUGUCUUCUCUCUCUUAAACCUUAACAAAACUACUGUAAUCUUCAAUCCCUUCUGUUGCUUAUAGUUCAAAUCCGGCUUGCGAAAAACUUAAAUGGGUUUUUAAAGUCCCGGGAAAAUCAUUUCAGUGGGUACUGAAAUGAUGUCAAAUGAAGUUCCAUGUGAGCCCCUCUCUGUUUAAGGCAUUCCACAUACUGAGAAGACCCUCUCUUCCACAACCACCUGCUGAACUUCACUUGGCAGGGCAACUUGGAAAAGGGCCUCCCAAGAUGUUAGCUUCCCAAAUGAAAUGACAUUGUUCCAAUCAUUAUGUCCCUUAAGGCACUCCGGUCAGAAAUCGAGCUGGAGGUGUUGGGAGACACAGAUGGGGUAAACCUUGCUUUCACUGCCAUUUGUAACAACUACACUGCUUUUCCACACCAAAGGAAAUGCUCUCACAUUCAAGUGGGAGAGGUGGUAAGUAGGUUCUGAUUUCAUAAAUCAUGUUUCUCAUUGUAAAUCUGAUUAUAACCUGAUUCUAAGGAACAGUCAAGGUGUGUAGCAGCCUUCCCCAACCUGGUGCCUUCCAGAUGUUGUGGGCUACAACUCAUAUCAGCUGAGAGUUGUUAUGAAGCCCCUAUUCCCCUCACAGAGCUGCAAUUCACAGAGUUCCCUGUGAAGUUCCUGCAUGCAGAAUGUUUUGCAGAGUCCUCGGAGCUCAGUGUCAGAGAAUUCCGACAUUGGACUGAGCUGGAAUUGACUUAAUGCUGUAACAGAAUUUUCUUUUCUUUGCCUCCAAUUAUAGUUUUCUUCUUUUUAAAAAAGACAGAGUUCUCCUACUGGAUAUUAUGUUAAAUUGAUUUUAAAAUUGCAUAAAAGCGAAUGCUUCCUUCUUGUGUUUUCCAUUGUGUGCAGUGCAAUGUUUAUGCAUGUUUGCUCAGAUGUAAGUCCCCAAGCAAUUGCUUAUUCCCUGCAAAAAAUGUGCUUGUGAUUGUGUUGUAUGGGGCUUACUUCAAAGUAGACAUGCCAAAGUUUGUACUGUUGUUGUUAUUCUUUAAAUUUAUAUACUUCUUAAUACUUAAGCCAGUCUCUAAGCAGUUUACAAAAUAACAAAUGCAACAUGUAUAUAAUAACAAACAAUAAAACCAAAGAAACUACAUUACAAUGCAAUAAAACAAUGAAUUUUCCCCAAGCCAAAGACAGCAUCACAUGGUAAAACAUCUUUAGUCAGGGAUUUCAUUCUCUUUCUGCUUCCCAUCAGCUGCAUUUGGGGGGGAAAUGGAUUCUAAUCUGUGUAAGCUCGUGCUCUAAUAAAAUGUUAGGGUGAUAUCCAAUAAAAUAGUUCUGUUAGUUCAAAGAUGUUUGACUGCACAAUACAACUUCCCCUCUCUCCACUUACCACCCCCAUCCCCUAAAUCCGUUCUGGAAUUCCCGAAGACCCUCCAAAGCAGAUUUAGGUAGGGCAUGGGAACACAUAGGGAAAGGAGAGGGAAGGGAAGUUCUGUUACAUGAACAGAAAUCCUUGCACUAAUGGAACUACUCUCUUGAAUACUUAGACUUUGCUGAUUUUGUUAGCUUAUAUUUUUAAUAUUUGUUCUUUUGCGUUUUUGUACACUGCAGCAAUGAAUGGUUAAAUACAGAUGCCCCUCCUCCUUUCCUAGGUCAGUUUCAAUGUGAGUUUAAGCCUAUCUGCUUGUGGGAAAAGUCCAAAGAACGUCAUAAUAAAGCCGGUGGGCUUGAAUGAAGCUCUGGAAAUUGAGAUCCAGUCAGAAUGCAGCUGCAAUUGUCAGAAAGAAGCUGAAAUGAACAGCUUCAAGUGCAAUGGCGGACAUGGUUAUUUUGAAUGUGGGGUGUGCACCUGCAACCCAGGCUACAUGGGUCCUCACUGUGAAUGUGGUGAAAAAGACUCACUGAGUACAGGCGCCUGCAAAAGUUCUCCAGAGGAAACCUCUUGUAGUGGAAGAGGUGACUGCUUUUGUGGACAGUGCAUUUGCCACCCAUCGGCAUAUGGACAUAUUUAUGGGUCAUUUUGUGAAUGUGACAGUUUCUCUUGUGGGAGAUUUAGAGGACUGCUAUGUGCAGGUAAGUCCUUUGCAAACUGCCAUUUUUUAAAAUUAUAAAUAAUAGAAUAGAAGUUGGCAAUUGAAUAUAUGCUCUAUUUCAAAAACAGUAUUCAAGUAUAAGCAGUAUUCAAGUUUAAAACAGUAUCCAUUUAAAAAUUCACAUUGAUUGUUCUUAACAUGGUGGUUCAAGGAGCUCUUGCAGACUACUGUUGCAGUCCUAAACUAGGGUUGCCAUGUGUCCUCUUUUUCCAGGACACAUCCUCUUUUUCAGGGGUAACAUUUCUGUCCAGGUAGUUUUUUUAAAAAAAUUGCCAAAAUGUCUCUGACUAUACUUUCUGGUUGAGACAUAGACAUAACUGCUGGUUGAAGACUUGCUUUCCUCUUCUCUUCUCCUGCCCCCCACCCCAGCAAUAUAUCCCAGCUGCUAUAGCCUCCCUAUAGUAGGGGUAUUUAAAAUGAGAGUCAUCAUAGCAUCCUCUUUUUUGCUCUUCAGAAUAUCGCAACCCUAUGACCUAAACACAUUUACUAAGAUGUAAGCCCCAUGUGACAUACUUCUGAAUAAACACACUUAGGAUUGGCAUUGUCAGGGAGUUUGUCUGUGAAACAUCAACCCUUCGAACCUAAAAAUAUAGCUCAGUACUUUGCCAUUUUAGCUGGUCCCAAUGAAAGUGCCACAAUACUAUAGCAGCUAUCUGAAUUUCUUCAAAUUAUAUCAAUUCUUGGAUUUAUCAUCCCCAAACUCCACGGUCAACAUUUGAGGCAGCUUUGUGGGGAUUAAGAGGGAAAGGUUGCAAAUGACAGAGAUAUUUGAGGGGCAUAAUGAUUGAUCAAAUUAUUCUGGGCUUUGAGACCUUGGCUUGGGGGAGAACAGAAAUCAAAACAAGAACUAACCUCCAUGACUUUCCUUAGGCAAUGGCAACUGUGACUGUGGUCAGUGUAGAUGCCACAGUGGCUGGACGGGUGAAUACUGUAACUGCACCACUGACACCAAUAGCUGUGCUUCUGCUGACGGCACAAUCUGCAGUGGGAGAGGUGAAUGCAUGUGUGGAAAAUGUGUGUGCACAAAUCCCGGGGUUUCAGGAAGCACGUGUGAAAAAUACUCACCCUAUGCCGACCCUUGCACUUCUAAACGGUAAAUUAUACGCCUUUAAAUGUCUGGAAAUGUCUGUUUCUGUCGCAUGUCCAAAAGUAUAGCAAUAUUUCAAGGGUGCUGAGUUUGUGUCUGGUGUAUUUACUGUAUUUCCUGAUAUAAAAGGAGCGGGUGGCGCUGUGGUCUAAACCACUAAGUCUCUUGGGCUUGCUGAUCGGAGGGUUGGCAGUUCGAAUCGGCACGAUGGGGUGAGCUCCUGUUGCUUUGUCCCAGCUUCUGCCAACCUAGCAGUUCGAAAGCACGCCUGUGCAAGUAGAUAAAUAGGCACCACUGUGGCGGGAAGGUAAACAGCAUUUCCCUGCACUCUGGCUUCUGUCACAGUGUUCCGUCACGCCAGAAGUGGUUUAGUUAUGCUGGCCACAUGACCUGGAAACCUGUCUGUGGACAAACGACGGCUCCCUCGGCCUGAAGCGAGAUGAGAGCCGCACCCCAUAGUUGCCUUUGACUGGACUUAACUGUUUGGGGUCCUUUACCUUUACCUGUUACCUUUUAUUUCCUGAUAUAUUUUUCUUACUUUCAAUGUCCUGUUAUUGUUAUUGUUGUUGUUGUUGUUGCUGCUGCUGCUGCUGCUGCUUUUUAUGCUGGUAUUCACUGGUAAAGAGUACCAGCACUUCUCUCUUUUUACUCUCCUUUUAUUCAGUUUCUAUCCCACCAGUCCUCCCAAAGGAGCCCAGGGUGGCAAACACCACAGUGGGGGAAACAACUAUUAAAAUAAAAAUUAGUCACUACUGUUGCUGUGCCAUGGUUUGGAUUGAAACAUCAAGGCAAUGCCCCAUAUAAUGGCUUUUGCAAGCAGAGUGGUCACUGUGACCUGUGUGAAACACGUAUUUGCUGGCAGAAUUACUCAUAGGAUCAAGUUGCACUCCUUGAACUCCAGUUCAAGUUAUCGUUAGAUUAGUCAUUUUUCUGGUAGGUUGUAUGAAAAUACAUGUAAAUUUCUUUCAUGAAUGUCAUUCAUUACGUUCUUUAACUAGGAAGCUCAGACCUGGCUUCAAUUGCAGAUGAAUAAUUAACAACCUUUCCACUAACUUGUGUGGGUGUUAGAUCAAUUCAGAUACGUUUUUUCUUUGUGCAUAAUCCUUCAAUGAAUUUAAUUAUGCCAUUUCUAGCCAUCAGUUAAAUCAACAAACACAUUUAGUUUUAACUAAUAUUUUCAUUUGUACCUAUUAAGAAAUGUGACUAAUAUGCUAGCGACUUCCGUUAAGAGAAGAAACAGGGUUUCUUUUUCUUUCUUCCCUUUUAUCAUGAUGCUACACUUGGGGAGGGUCUAUUAGGAACCCAGUUUUGAUUAUGACUAAAGGCUAAAGUCAUAGGCCAUACCCGACCCAAAGUCAGGCACACUUUAGUCCCUUGGAUUUUAAUGAGGUUUAAGUAGUUAAAAUUAUACAUUGCACCUGCAGCCUUUAUCUAUAUGUCAAGUUGAAAUUAUAUAUCCCAAUCUAGAGCAAAUUUCUGUUCUACAACAAUAGUCUGGGUAAACAAGCAAAAAAACCCAAAAAAACCAUAAUCAAAACCAAGGCAUUUUUUAGUAACUAUUUAUUUCUUGGGUGCCAUGGUCUCAAGUUGUUAAGGGCUUUAUCAGAGGCAUACCUAGGCCCCCUUGCACCCUUGGCAAGGAGCUGUAUUGAUGCCCUUCCCACCACUUGCACCCUUGGAGUCCUGCUGUGGAGGUACCCAGAAGAGACUACAUGCCUCACCCUUCCGCCCAGAGCAGCAGAAGAGCAGCGAGGAAGCAUGUGGAUGGGCAGGUGGGCUCCUAGUCACUCCAGGUCGGAGUGGAGAGGCAUGAUUUUUGCAACCCCGGAGUCUGUGCCCUUGGCAGGUGACAGUCUGGGUAUGCCCUUGGGCUUUAUAGACCAAUAGCUACAACUGGCCUCAUAGCGGCCAGUGCAGAUCCUGUAACACAACUGUUAUGUGCUGGCAAUCAAUCACUCCAGUUAGCAAUCUUGCCACCACAUUCAGCUGCAGCCUCUGGACUAAGCCUAAGGGAAGCCCUGUAGAGAGCACAUAAUGCUAAUCAAGCCUCAGGUUUACUCAAGGUUUUCAUUGAUGUUGUACAUCAGAGCUUUCCAGACUCUUCAUGUUAAGCUAACCCUUUUCCAGCCCUGGGAGGAGUGUGGGGAGUGCUUGCGUGACACAUCUACACACUGCAGCCAACACACUAAUGUGUCGCAAUACACAGUUUGAAAGCUGCUGUACAUGGAUAAUGUUGCCCUCUUGUGUUUUGUAUCCAAUGAGAGCUUGACGAAGGAAGGGGGAAGUGCAGGAAAAGACUUAGCUACAGGAUAUUUCUUCAGAGUUUUUAAAUGCAAUACACAUAACACUGCUAAGUACUACUUAUUGACCCAUGUAGAUCUUUUGUAAGUUACUUUUGAAAAUGAACACUACAUAUGUAUUCCCUUUUGUUCCUGGUGCCUUGUAACUGACAGAGAUUGAUGAGCUGUUGAAUCAUUUUUUCUCAGGAGCUGCGUAGAAUGCUAUUUAGCUUCUAAUGAUCAGUCUCAGGAAGAGUGCGCUGAGAAAUGUAAAUUGGUUGAUGCGACUGUCAGUAGUGGAGAAGGUAUGUAGUACAUUUAUUUAUUUAAAUGUAUUGCUUAGGCACCGUUGGUUGUAGGCUUAUUUAUCCCCAGUAGUAUUUAUUACAUGCUGCUGCUUGCAUUUUUCAAGUCAUUCUGUUAUUUUGUUGUAGAAGUGAAGAAUCUCUGUGACCCUCCACAUGUUGUGGGACUUCAGCUUCCAUCAGCCUUAGCCAGCAUGGCCAGUGGGCAGGACUGAUGGGAGUUAUAGUCCAACAACUUCUGGAGGGCCUCAGGUUGCUCAUCCCUGAUCUAAGGUCUUCCUUCAGGAAGUGGGGGUAGCUUAUUCAAUAUAAAGUAUAGAUUGGACUGUAUGUUUUUAACUGUUAAUGUGUAUUUGGUUAUUUUAUUUUAUUCUAUUGCAUCUUGCUCUAAGAAUUCAUGUCAGAAAUCUUAGCAUUAAAUAUAUAAUAUUUUAGACAUAUACAUAGGAUAAAUACAUCAGGCAUAUGACUUAUAUGUCUACCCGAUUUAGUGUGCAGAGAGUGAAUUCUGGUGUUCAAGGUCAAAUGUUUACGCAACUAAAUGUAUGCAACAAAUUCAUUAUGCUGACAACAGAACUGAUUAUCUCAGUUUACAGCAAUGUGAUCCAAUGUGAAGGAAGAUGAAAAGAGUAGAUGUUUAUGGGCUUUGUUUGCAAAAUAAAGAAAUGCUGAGAAGAGAUGAGCUCCCUGACACUAGCACUAGUCAAACAGAAAAGUGCUACAACAAUUUCAGGUUCAGGGCUGGCAGUGUUUUAGCAGGUACUCCUGUGCCUUUCUUUUAACUGCAACUUGAUGCAGGGAAAUGAACCAUAUGAAGCUUUUAAAAUCUAUUUUGCUCUGAGGCAGGCACUGCCCCUUAUCCAGAACUGUUUAGCAGCAGAAGGUGGUGACCUCAUCUGCCUACAGACAAUAUUCUUUAUCUCACACAAUGAUUUCUGUGCUACAAAAAGUAUCACCUGCUAAAUUUGUUAAAGGUACAGGAGAAGGGCCCUUCUUGAAAGAAAUUUCACCUUUCAUCCUCAAACCUGGAUAGGAAUUGUUAAAUUCUUUAAAGCAGGAAGAGAGGCAAUUUCUCUUUCCGGUUUACAAACCAGACUCAUUGUUGACCCCAGUGGCAGAACUGAUGUCAAAUAGCUGACCAAGAAGUAGAGCUUCUCUAAAAGGGGGGGGGGGCGGAAUGAGACUCAUUCUUUUUAUCUAUUACAUGAAGUCAUUUGUCAACUCUAUUCCCACCCACAACAAAUAUGAAUAACAGACAAAACUGUAGUUCUUGAGAUCAAGUAAGAUCAUCUGGGGUGCUGUAAACACUUCACAGACAUGACCUCACAGAUAUAAUAAUUAGGUCAAACACCUAAAUGAGGUGUUUUUAGUAGAUCAGCAUCUUGACGAUGGUUGCCCCAAAUUGCUAAGAACAAACCAAAGGCUUUUCAGAUAGAAACAAUAAACUGAUGUUUACAUUCUGUACCAACAUCAUUAUUAUAAUUUUUUUUUUAAAAAAUGCAACAGUAUAUUUCUUGGUAGCAGAGAACUGGGUGAAGGGAAGCAAAGCAAAGCACUGUACAAGGAUCCCUAUACAUGUGAGAAUUUGUGCAGAGGAUUUCUUUUACAUACAUUGAAGGCACAUGGCUUCCCCUAAAGAAUCCUGAGAACUGUAGUUGAAGUGUGCACCCUUACACUACAGUUCAAAGAUUCUUUAGGGGAAGCCAUGUGCUUUCAGUGUGCUGGGUAUGCAGCCUUAGUGGAACGAAAACUCUGCUUACUUUCCAUGAAUCCACCACAAUUUCAGCAAGACUAAUAGCUAACAUGCUAUUCCAGUGCUAUGAUGAGGGAAGUGCAUAUGCGCAACCUAACUCAUGACGCUUGUGGGGAGAAGCAUUCUCCUGCCAUUUUUCUGCAUUGGUAUGGGAAGAGCCUGUCUUCACCUAGGCCUCAUUUAGGCCCAGAGAAUGGUCAUACAUGGGCAUUCAACUUUUUCAAAGUUGUAGUGUUUUCAGUUACAAUUAUACCCACCUUAUUAUCUUUGCCUUGUCCUUCCCUCCUUCUAUCCUCUGCCCCACUGUCAAGAUAUGCACAGCAAUUAUAUGCAUUUUACUUGGAAGCAAACCCAUUGAAGUUCAAUGGAAGUUACUACGAAAUAAGUACUUAUAAAUAAGGUUGUUUGGAGGGCAAGCGGAAUCUUUCAGCAAACUGUUUCUUUCUGCCAAUUACACCAAUAUGGUACUUUACAUGGUGUGGCUAUAGAUUUCAGAGGAACUUCUAUGAGGACCAUUAUUACUGUUUUUUUGAAAAUAGUUUGUGGAUUGUAGACUUGACAUUUAGCACCUGUAGGUACAUUAAAGUGAACUGAUUCAUAUUCCAUUGUUCUUCCUUUUCGUGGUCAGUCACAGUUCUUCACACAAAACCCAUGCCUUCUAGGCUCUUGAAGGGGCAUAAACUUUUUCCUAUUUAGGUGAAAACAUUUUUUGCAGAAUCAUAUUAAAUGCACAGAGGCAAAUACAAAUAGGAAAAUCUUAGGUUAAUCUUAGAUUCAUUUUUAUCUAUUUUUCAGUGAGCAACAUUAGAAUUCUCCAAAAGCUUCAGUUCUUUUCAUAAUAUUUUAAUUUAAUCACUAUUAAAAUGCACUUUACCUUAAUCUUUAUAACAACAUUCUGGAAGCAAUAUGCGACAGCUCCUUUGAAAAGGAUCAGUAUCCUUCCUUUCUUUUUCUGAGAAGUGAACAUGCUAUGCAUUGAAACACAGUCUAGACAUACUACCAGUAGCAAAAAAACAAAGAGAACAUAUUAUUUACUUUGUACUAUAAUCAGGGCUAUUAUAUUCCCUAAAUAGCUGUGACAUCUCUCUUGGAAGUAUUUCCAAUUCAUUGAAUUUCAAAUUACAGCAGACUUGGUGGGUGCUCUUGAUGGUCAAUGCAGAUUGACAACACCUGGACCUUCUCAACUGAAACCUAAGUGCAAAGUGUAACAAAAACGGGGAGGGGGGAACCCUUUUAGUCGUAGAAGUAUUGUGUGAAAUUCUUUUAAGUAUUUUAGCUUCCUUCCUUAGUGCCUGUUGAAAACAGCCUUGUGAUAUAAAUCCUUUAAUCUGCAUGGUUACUGCAUGAUGAAUGGUUUUUGACCUGAAAAAAAGUGUUUUCCCCCACAGAUAUCAUGGAAGAUAAAUUUGUUCCUUGUUUGUUACUUGGAGAAAAUGAAUGUGCUAUCACAUUUCAAAUGGCAGCUGAUGAACAGGGGAAAACAACCAUUCGUAGCAUAAAUCAAAAAGGUAGGCAACUUGGGUUUGGUAAAUAAUUUCUUACAUACACUACUAACAAGUAUAUAUAUUUUUAAAAGUUGGCCUGGAAAUUUGGAUUGGAUCCUGAGAACUGCAGGGAGGAGAACACUCUCAGAAGGGGUUUUUACCAUUUUCCAUUCCUAUCCUUUCUACUAUCUGCCUGAAAAUGCUCUCACAUUUUCCUAUGCUGAGGUUGGGGGCAGUGGAGAGCAAAUUGGCCAAAAUCGAACAGUUGCAUCAUGUGCAAGUGGAGCUCAACCAUAUUUUGGGUAACACUCUCUGGAAAUGCUCCAUUCCACCAGUGGAAGACUUGGGGCUCUCAAAUUUCAGUGGCACCUUGUGCAACGCAAAAAAAUUCAGUGCAGCCCACCUCUCAUGUUGUUGUAGUAGUGUCACCACACCAGUCACAGUGCCCUAAAACUGCCUCUGAAAUUUCCGCAGUGUUCAGGAGAAUCCACUGACCCCCAACCAAAGAAGCUUUUCAGGGGUACAGGGAGCUGAAGAGGAUGUCCAGUUUUCAGUCUCGAAGCCAAUAAGUUAUAGAGAGACUGUUCUUCAAUGAGCUAAGAAAGUGCACCUAAGAUAUUCGUUUCUUACACAACCUUUGAUAAGAAGCAAUAUGGAAAAGAAACCAGCCUGGCUGACAAUGCUAAGUUUAUUUUCAGCUAUGUAUCAUCUGAUUUACUGUGGAUGCUCCCAAACUUUGUCCUAUUCAUUUGAAUGAUAGGUGGAGCUCCACAUGUGCAUUCCUUCAUGCAUGCAGAAUUUCCUCAUGAAAUGAAGUGAAUGAGGCAGCCAGCAUACAUAACAUCCCUUGUUGUUUCACUGGGAUCUGGGUUAGGAUGCCAGUCGUUACAUGAAAAGCAUACAGAACUAAACCACUCAGAGCAUCUUUUCAAAUGUGUAGCCUAAUUUGUAACCAUAUAUGUGGGUUUUCCUUUCUUUUUACAGCCUGUCCACAACCUCCAAAUAUUACAAUGAUUGUGCUGGGUCUUUCGAUUGCUAUCUCCCUCACUGGGGUUGUCUUGCUUUGCAUAUGGAAACUGUUUGUUUCAUUUCAUGACCGCAAAGAAGUUGCUAAUUUUGAAGCAGAGAGAUCGAAGGCCAAAUGGCAAACAGUACGUAAAAUUUCAUAGUUCUUUACUUUAUUCAGUUGCAAAAUGGCAGCUGCCACAUGUUUUGGGUAGAUUUUGUGUUUCAAGAAAAACUGAAUGUUCUGCAGUGUACUCCACUGACUCACUAAGACAUACCUGAACAUAGUGGCAUUAAAAUUGUUGAAAUGUCUAAAAUAAGGAUAUUUCAGAAUACGCAAGGAAACAUCAUAGUUCUUUCCUGAAAGUAUCUAAAGUAAGGAGUAAAUAUACCGGUAUUCACAUCUGAAGAUCAAUUUGGCCCAGGCAGAACUUAUUAACAUCUAUAUAGAAGGCAGCAUGCAACAAAGGCAUGUGCUGCUUUCAACCCAGUAGAUGUCUGACUUCUCAUGAAAUGUCACCCCCUGGGUUUACUUCCCAAUGGAAGUGUACCACCAUAUCUGAGAGGGACAGAAGCACAUACAGUUUCUCUAGCUCUGUGUUGCAGCUUACUGGCAAACUUCCCUGCCCAUUUCUUGAGUGUGUAGAGGCAGGCUCUCCCUGGCCAAACUGCUAAGGGCAAGUGGCAAUGGCAUUAUGGCUGAGGAGAUUCAGCCCUCACCCCAAACCCCAGCAGCUUCAUAUGGAGAAUCUGUGUUCCACCCCUCUGCCUCCACUCCUCCACUCCUCCAGAUGUUGUUGCACUCUCACCAUCCCUGACCAUUGGCCAUGCUGACUGGGGCUGAUGGAGGUUCUCUAUCCCUGCUUAAUGGCCUCCUCAUGCAAGGAAUUCCAGUGUGUGCAUCUUACUAAUUGGCUUUGAGGUAACAAUUAAAUUUUAAAGCCCAGUAUCACACUGGAUAGCCAACAACCUAUGCUGCGCUUUUCUCUACCUAAGCCCCACAAUCUAUAAGAGAGGCUAUGUCUUGUGAUGCUAGAAGCUAGAUAGGGUUUCUGAGGUAAAAGGAACAAUGCACGUAUAGAACAUAGUGAAGUAUGACAUGUGAAAAGCCUUUUCCACCAGGAAGAACAAUGCUUGUAGCAAUAUCAAAUUAAAUUGCCAUUAAUAGGAAGAGCUUGUAAUUUGUUUUAUCAUUGAUGCUCCAUGAACAAGCAAUUAAGAGCAGGAGGAAUGAAUUGCUUGACACCACAAUCCCAUUCAGUGGAGUUACUUUGUUAUACUGUAUACAAGCACAAAUUUAGUUAGAGAUUGCAUUUUUUAGCACAGGACAACUAAUAUAGUAUACUACUAAUUCUAUGUGAAAUAGACUAACUUGUUUCUGUUAUACUUCUGCAGAAAUAGAAACUAAAUAGGAUCAUCAUGACCCUUCGAUUGCCUAAGUUAUUUCUUGGGAAAUAUACAAAAUAUUUUACUUUAGUUGUUUGCAUUUUUCAUUUAACAUCAGAUUUAAGUACAGAUCUAUUUAUUAACUGUUUUUGUUAAAAAACCAAAUGCAGUAAAAAAAAAAAAGCCACAGAAUCAAAUAUGAAGUAGUUUACUGAAUACAAUUUUCCCGCUCUUUUCUAGGGAAUAAACCCAUUGUACAGAGGCUCAACAACAACAUUUAAAAAUGUUACAUACAGGCAAAAGGAAAGACAACCCGGAUCUGCUGCAGAUAUAUUUUAGCACCCUGAAUGAUUUUGGGGGUGGAAGGGGAAUAGUUUGAAAAAAUGUUACAUUUACUAAAUUUGUUCAAAAUUUAUUAUUAAUAUGCUAUAGUGGUACAAUAGUUUAGGAUGACAGAAUAUGUGCUUUUCAUGGUUGGAAGACCCGUAGUCAUAGCUUAAUUUGAUCUAUGAGAACUCAUUUUCUGUAUCAGAAUUCAGAACUGGAUGUGAAGUAACCAAAAUGCUGAAGAGGCUGCAGUUCCACAGGCACAUACUUCCACAUGUGGCGGGAAUGUCCCAAAAUCCAACCCUUCUGGACAACAGUCCUACAACAAAUAAGCAAAGUAACUAAACAGCUAUUAGAAGUCAUCCCAGAACUGGCCCUACUAAACAUCUUCCAAGAUAAUAAUUCCCAUGCGCACUAUAAACCCACCUAUUCUCAGCAGCAAGAAACAUCAUAGCCAGACGCUGGAGAGACCUGUCAAGAGUAAACUGGUGUCACUGCCUGAAACCAAACCUCUCUUAGGAUGCACUGUGUUCUGAGGUGUACACACAGAGAUUGUGCAUAUGGAAACUUCCCUACUCACCUCAACAAAGAUGGCAGCUAUGUUCAUUCCUUUGCAAAUCACUUCAGAAAGCAGAUCAUUAUAAAAAAUACACGUGAGCCAUCUCAAUAAAAUGCUGCAUGUUCAUUAAUCAUUGCAUUUGUGUCCAAAUGACAAAACAGAAUGUAGCUUUACUCAUAAGCAGUAAUAGUCAUGGAAGAUGUUAGUUGCCACUUUUUUGAGGCAUGAUUCCUAUGCUGUUAAUAGCCACAUGACAUAAACUCAAGAUUUUAACACUACUGCUUUCAAAACAUGUUGAAUUUCUUUCUCUGAUGUGGACGUUAAAGCUCUGACAUGGUGAAAGAUUCCAGUACUAAAAGUAAUCAGACUUAGGAAAGGUUUCUGUGUUUGGCUAAUAAAAUUCCCCACAACUAAGGCUGCAAUUUUAAAUAGACUUACAGUGCAAUCCUAUAGAUCUCUACUCAGAAGGAAGCCUCACUUACUGCAUAUAAAUAUGUAUAGGAUUGUCCUGCUACUAGGAUGUAAAUCCUAUUGCACAAAAUAGAACUUACAUUUGGUUUAAAAUGUUGUUUUGUAUAUGCAGUUAUACAAAAAAGUCUUUUUGCAGAGUGCCUCUUGCAUUUUAGAAGGUGAGAGAAAAGAUGGAGGGUUUAGCUGGCUUGUAAGCGGGGUGUCUUUUUUUUUAUUUUUACCAUGAAGUGGUAUUUGAUUUUUUUUCUCCCAGAGCAAACUUUCACUAUGUUAUUCAUAGUAUGAAUGUACUUGGUGAAGACACUGGAAAUGUCUGAACAGUUAUGUUUCCUGAAAUAGUUUUGACCCAAGGCUGGACCUUAAAUGAGGCCAAAACUACAUUUUACUCAUUGGAUUCCCUUGGGCAUUUUGUUACGAGGUUUUUUUUAAUAUGUAAAUAUUGUGUGAAUGGCAUGCAUUAAAUUUAAAAAAAAAUUAAAACUUGACAUUUUAAGU